AUGUCAUCUAUCAAACGCCUGGUGUAUGCAGUCAUCCAGUUCUUAAGAGAGCAAAGUCAGCGAGAUGAUUACACGUCAGACGAGCAGGAAAGUUUAGAAGGUAAAUAAUUAAUAUGAUAAAUCCAUUACUAUGAGCAAGCAGCAUUUGCAGGAGGUCUUAACGCAAAGGGGCGGAUGUUUUAAGACUUAGUGGUGGGUUCCAUAAAAGGUUCGCGAACGGUUCGCGACAUCACUACUUAUCAGAUGUUCUCACAUAACAUUGUUAUGGAGCUAGCUAGUAACUAAGCUAAGUGUAAUGUUUACUCAGAAUUAAGCAUUUACUCACUCAUUAAGCAUCUGCUACACUGUUAUAUCACAUUACCAGCGGAUAAGCCUGAUUAACCUCUUACAUGCACACUAAGAUUUGCACCACACUACUGUCUACCCAUGCCAUAGGAGUGUAUAUCUAUGCUUUGAAAAUACUGGCAUUUGCUGUUGUGGCAUUGCUGGCAUAAAUGUAUUUUGUUUAACCAAUGCACGACAAAAUAAAGAAUUAUAUUAAAAAAAAAAAAAAAAAAAGAUCAUUCUUUUUUUGAGGCAUUUGGUUAAUACAUAGCAUACGAAGGAUGAGGAGUUAAGAUAAAGUACAAUCAAUCAAUUUGACGUUUGCAUAUUGACAAAACACUUUUGGAUUGAGCAACCUAUUUUUUCUAAAUAUGAAAAGAACAUAAACCAGCAAAAUUUACAUUUAAAAGAAAAGAAGUCAAAGGUAGACAGACGUGUGGAGUAUGCAAUAUGCUCCAUAGGUGUCAUAACUAGCAUUAUGUACUAAACAAACCGAAACAAGCCUAGGCUCCACUUUCCAUGGUGGUGGAAUGGUGGUGGUAGGUUGCUGAAAUGGGGGGUGUAGGAGCCCAGCAGUUCUGUGUCGGUAUAUAGAGAGUAGGAAGACUGUCCACCUCUCCCCAGCAACAGGUGGCAAUAACAUUUAUCUGGCUCCCAGUGGAAUUAUGACAUGAGUAAUGCUCUUUAGGCAAGUCUGGAAUUCCACCAACAUGGCCCAUUUUAGCUGGUGGAAUAGCUCCCUGGUCGGUAUGAGCACCUCCAGAUCGGCAAAAUAUUCAGGGGCUCAUGUGCCUCUGUCUGCUAUGCUUAAAAGUCAAGCUCCAUGCCCCCCCCCAAAAAAAAUUUCCUUUUUAUUCAGGCCCAUUUCUACCAGCAAUGCGAGAUGGGUGGCUUUACUCAUUGAUUUGUGAAUGGAGCUUCAGGCCCAACUGUACAGGUUUAUAGAAAACUGUAAACGUGUCCAGCAAGUAAGACUUUCAUAGCAUGGCACAUGCUGUACAAUGACUUGGAUAGACAGGGGAAGCAAAUGAUUCCCCCUGUGGUGUCCCUGAGUGAGAGCUGCAGCAAAUCACUGGAGUGAUCAGCAGAUGUAUGCAAGGAGACCAUAACGGAGACCUCCAAGUACUAAACUCUGUUCAAGGUGUAUUGGGGUGUCAAUUUCGCACGUCACUGCUUUUGCUGUCUUGCAGUGAACAUAUUUAAAUAAAUACUUUUGACUAUUUUUCGGCUUGUUUGCACAAUCUGACAUUUUAUUUUUUAUUUUAUUUUUUUGUUUUUUAAUAGUCCUCUGAGAUGACCUAUUUUAAUGGCAUGGAAUCUGAAUUUAUAUUUACCUCGGCGUGGCUAUAUAUAGUGGGUGGAAAGGUUGUUAUUAAUAACGGUCUAUAACAUUUAAUUCAAGGUGAGAAGUGUCAUUUUCUAUUUGGAACAAGGCAGAUAUGAGUCAUAAAAUUGCUGACCACAUGCAAUCUGCAAAAAGCAAAGAAUUGGGAUAUUGCAUUGUAUUUAUUAGAGAUAUGCUAAGAUGGCCCAAAAAAUUGACAUAUAGAGAUUAAAAACACAGAGAAUUAAAUUACAUUAUUUAUAGCGUCAGGUUCUGCAAGUGUUUUUAAAUGUGCCCAUUAUUGAUUUGGUGGUGUCAUCAUAGUAUAGCCACAUAGACAAAACCGAUCUACAUAAUCUUUAGUUUAGGAAGGUUAUUUUAAAGGACCACUAUAGUGCCAGGAAAACAUACUUGUUUUCCUGGCACUAUAGUGCCCUGAGGGUGCCCCCACCCUCAGAGUCCCCCUCCCGCCCGUCUCUGGGGAGAGGAAAGGGGUUAAAACUUACCUUUUUCCAGUGCUGGGCGGGGAGCUCUCCUUCUCCGCCUCUCCUCCCUUUCGGCUGAAUGCGCACGCGCGGCAAGAGCUGCGCGCGCAUUCAGCCGGUCUCAUAGGAAAGCAUUUACAAUGCUUUCCUAUGGACGCUUGCGUGUUCUCACUGUGAUUUUCACAGUGAGAAUCACGCAAACGCCUCUAGCGGCUAUCAAUGAGACAGCCACUAGAGGCUUUGAGGGCUGGAUUAACCCAUUUAUAAACAUAGCAGUGUCUCCGAAACUGCUAUGUUUAUAAAAAAAAAAAAAAAUGGGUUAACCCUAGCUGGACCUGGCAUCCAGGCCACUUCAUUAAGCUGAAGUGGUAAGGGUGCCUAGAGUGGUCCUUUAAGUAGCUUUAAAUUUAUGUUUGCCGGAAGGUGAGGGAGUAAAGUAUGAGAGGUCGAAGCUGUGAAAUCUGAAACUGAAGACUUUUAUCAUACCCAUCCAAAGUCUGGGUGAAAUUCACCUGCGUUUUAAAUGUAUGUGUUUUUUGUUAAUCUUCUCUUCCUCCUGAAACAAUGUUAAAGGAUUUAUGGUUCUGUCAAGGUUCUUCCUAAGAGAGUAAUACAUGUUUUUGUUUACAUUAUGAAGCGGUCUUGCACACUUAUGAACUGUUGCAUAUAAUGAAGGCAUACUCUACUCUCAACCUUGCCUUUCUAGAUUAUACAGUUGUUUGGUGAAGCCCCAGUAUUAAGACUCACUAGUGCUUUAAUGCAGAAGGAUUUCCCACACAUUUUACUGUGAAGGGAUAGUAAUCCUUAUAGUACUAGAGCGUUUAUGGAGAGCUUUGGGCAUUUUAAAAUUGCAGAGAGGUAAAUUAAAUAAUGCUGCACCUUCAUGUUUUUCAUACUCCAUUUUUAAAUCCCGAGUAUUCUCUAUAUAGUCUUCCUCCUUGCCGCACUGUCAGGAAGUAGGCUGGCAUAUUAAUAAGAACCCCAGUCUCCAGUGAGCAAUAAGUGAUUAAUAUGUCCUCUAUGUAUGUUGAAUGUGUGAUCCUUGGUUUUUUUUUUGUUUUGUUUUUUGACUAAUAAACCUCCGCCACUACAUUCAGCUCUGUCCACAUCAGAGUGAUGGGGCUUUAUUUGAAAUACUAGUAGUGUCACGACAGUGACCAAAGUCACAACAAUGACCCCUUCACACAGCGUGAAACCCACAGAAAGACGGUUACCGGACCUUAGAAUGGCCGGACUAGCGUCUGAGAAUAGUCAAGAGAAAUAGCCAGAGGUCAAGGAAAUACGGAAGACGGGCACACGAUUAUCCAAGCCAAGUGACGGGAAACCAGAAAACAGAACAGUCAGAGAGAGUAGCCAAGGGUCAAUACCAGGAAGGACAAUAAGAAAAGAUAGCACCAGGGGACUUAAACAAGAACCACACUAGGGCAUCUGACAAGUGUCAUGAUAGCCCUUUUAUAGUGUGUGUUCUUUGGCUUUAAUUCCGUAGCCACGCCCCCAAAAAGUCCGGGAGCGUGGCCACGUUUGAAUUUUGGCGCCAUUUUCGGUCUGACGUCGGCGCGCAUGCGCCGCGUCAUAAAUGUGGGUGUGUUCCGAGCGGCCGGCGUCAGAAUAGCUGAGCCGCCCCCCGGAAGGAUCGGAGGAGGACCCGGCGCUGCGCGGGACCGGCGGGGAAAGGUAAGCGCUUGUUACAGUACCCCCCCCUUGAGAACCGCCCCCAGGGCGGGUGGAACCGAACCCACAAGAGCGCCGCCUCUCAAACAGACGAAUCAGGCGAGGGGCGUGAACAUCUGAUGCAUUGACCCACGAUCGCUCCUCGGGACCGUACCCUUUCCAAUCAAGGAGAUACUGUAAUCUACAUCUAGAAAUCCGGGAAUCUAAUAUAGAUUUAACUUCGUAUUUGAGAUGAUCCUCCACUGGUGUGGUAGGAGGAGUGGAGACAAUCUGCGUAUAACGAUUACAAAUGAACGGUUUGAGAAGGGAAACAUGAAAAGUGUUAGGAAUUUUCAUAGUAUUAGGUAAUCUUAAACUAUAACAGACCGGAUUAAUGCGUUUGAUUAUCUGAAAAGGGCCUAUGAAACGGGGAGCAAAUUUCAUCGAGGGUACCUUUUAACUUUAUGUUACGGGUACUUAACCAAACCCUGUCUCCUGCCACGAACGUAGGAGCAGCCCUACGUCGUCUAUCUGCAUUUUUCUUUUGAAUCUGAGUCUUUUGAUUUAAGAUAUGUUUAACCCCUAGCCAAGUGUCCUUCAUAUUAUGAAGAGUGCUGUCAACACUAGGCACUCCUGUAGAUGAAAAAGAACUCGGCAAAGUUGUAGGAUUAAACCCAUAAUUAAUAAAAAAAGGGACUAUGUUGAGUGGAUUCGUGUAUUAGAUUAUUAUGGGCGAAUUCAGCCCAUGGAAGUAGUUCCACCCAAUCGUCUUGGUGCUCAGAAGUGAAACAGCGGAUGUAUUGUUCCAGGCAUUGAUUCAUCCUUUCCGUAACCCCAUUAGAUUGGGGAUGAUAAGAAGAAGAAAGGUUAAGGACAAUACCUAAUUGGUCACAAAAUGCCCUCCAGAACCGUGAAAUGAACUGUGGACCCCUGUCAGAUGUAAUAUCCUGAGGUAUGCCAUGUAAACGUACUACCUCUUUUAUAAAUAAAGAGGCCAGUUCAGAAGAGGAGGGUAAUUUGAUUAGCGGGAUGAGAUGAGUCAUCUUAGAGAAUCUGUCGAUUAUAGUCAAUAUAACCUUAUGGUUCCUGGAAGGGGGCAGAUCCACUAUAAAAUCCAUGGCAAUACUUGUCCAGGGUUUAUCGGGAAUGGACAAUGGCAAAAGGAGGCCCAAAGGACGAGCUUUGGAUGAUUUCGUGGAAGCACAGACCCUACAAGCAAGAAUGAACUCGCGAACGUCCUUCUUGUAUGAAGGCCACCAAAACUGUUCUUCAAGUAAAGACUCAGUUUUAUGAAUACCUCGAUGUCCUGCUAAUUUGGAGCUGUGUACAAGGAAUAAGACCUUUUUUCUAUAAGACAGGGGUACGUAUUGUUUUCCCCUGGGAAUAGUCAAUGAGGUCUGAUCCUGAAACCUAGAUAACUCUUCCAUUAACCCUGAAGAGAUUUUGGCACGGACUGUUGCGAUUAUGUGGUUGGAUGGGAUUAUGGAAGAGAGGUGCGUUACUGUAGGUGACAAGUGUUCAUAUUGACGGGAUAAGGCGUCAGCCUUCGUGUUCUUUGAUCCUGGUCUGUAAGUUACUAUGUAAUUGAAUCGUGUUAAAAAUAAAGACCAUCUAAUCUGUCUAUCUGACAUUCUUUUAGUUUCUCCAAAAUACGAAAGGUUUUUGUGAUCCGUAAGGAUGGUGAUGGGAAUAGUAGACCCUUCUAACAGAUGGCGCCACUCCUUGAGGGCAGAGAUAAUAGCCAAUAACUCCCUGUCCCCAAUGUCAUAUCUCUUUUCUGUCUCAGUUAAUUUCUUAGAAAAAAAUCCACAGGGAUGCAAUGGUUGAUCAUCGGAUGGACGUUGAGACAGUACGGCUCCAAUACCGGUUUCUGAUGCAUCCACCUCUAAUAUAAAUGGACGAGAGGGAUUGGGAUGCCUCAAUACUGGUGCAGAAGAAAAGGCCAAUUUAAGUCUCUCAAAAGCUUCUUUGGCCUCGAGAUUCCAUUCCAUAGAAUUUUGCCCCUUUUUGGUCAUGGCAGUGAUAGGUGCAGUGAUAGAGGAGAAACCCUUAAUAAAUUUUCUAUAAUAAUUGGCAAACCCUAGAAAGCGUUGGAUGGCUUUGAGUCCAACGGGUAGGGGCCAAUUAAGGAUAGCUUCUAGUUUUUUUCUUAUCCAUUUGAAAUCCAGACCCUGAAAUUAUAACACCCAGAAAAUGCACAGUGUCUAUAUCAAAUUGGCAUUUUUCUAAUUUACAGUAAAGUCCAUUUUCUAAGAGUUUAGAAAGAACCAACCUAACGUGAGUAUGGUGGUCUUGAAUAUUCUUGGAGUAGAUUAGAAUGUCAUCUAAGUAGACAAUAACAAACAUAUGUAAAUAUUCCCUUAAAACAUCAUUAAUGAAGUCUUGAAAGACUGCUAGGGCAUUGCAUAACCCGAAUGGCAUGACCCUAUACUCGUAGUGACCAUAGCGAGUGUUAAAAGCAGUCUUCCAUUCGUGCCCUUUUUAAUCCUCACUAGAUUGUAUGCCCCCCUGAGAUCCAAUUUCGUAAAGAUAGUCGCCCCUUUUAAUCUAUCGAAAAGUUCAGUGAUUAGAGGAAUAGGAUAGGCGUUACGUAUAGUUAUUUUGUUUAAACCCCGAUAAUCAAUACAGGGCCUUAAGUCCCCUUCCUUCUUGGAAACAAAAAAAAACCCUGCGCCAGCAGGAGAGGAAGAUUUGACGAUAAACCCCUUUCUUAAGUUUUCCGUGAUAUAUUCCUCUAGUACCUUAUUCUCGGUUACCGAGAGGGGAUAAACUGUGCCUCUAGGGGGCAUAGUGCCGGGUAAUAAGUCAAUGGGACAGUCAUAGGACCGGUGUGGGGGUAAUUUUUCUGCCUCUCUUGGUUCAAAAACUGCUUUUAAAUCCCAAUAUUGUCUGGGUAUCAAAGUGGUUAAAGGUUCCAUAGUAGGUACAUUAAGUAGACCUACGUGUUUAAUAGGGGUAAUACAUUUUCUGCGGCAAGCCUCACUCCAUUUUACAAUUUCCUUUUUCUCCCAAUCUAUAGAAGGGUUAUGUUUAGAGAGCCAAGGAAAGCCAAGAAUAACCGGGAAGAUGGGAGAAGUGACUUGUUGCAGGAUAAUAACCUCCUUAUGCAGGGAACCUACGGACAAUACCACUGGAAGAGUCUCUUGUGUGAUAAAUGGGAUAGAUAAUGGUCUACCAUCUAUGGCCUCAACAGCCAAGGGUGUUGAUCUAUUCUGAAAUGGGAAAGCAUGUUCCUGGCCGAAUCUCUGAUCAAUAAAAUUUUCGGCUGCCCCAGAGUCUAUUAAGGCAAUGGUUGGCACUUUUUUCUUUUCCCACUCAAUAACAAUGGGUAGAAGAAGCCUAUGAUCUUUUUUUAUCAUUAAAGGAGGACAUACACAUUACACCCAAGGCCUGUCCUCCAUGAGGGCUUAGGUGCGGGAGUUUUCCGGCCGGUUAGGACAGGUAGAACGAGAAUGUCCCUUUCGGCCACAAUAUAGGCAUAGUCCCUCCCUACGGCGGUAUUGUCUUUCAUCCUCAGACAAACGCGUGACUCCCAGUUGCAUUGGUUCUGGAGGAGCGACUGUUGUUGUCUCGGAUGAAGGAUAUGUUAACGCUAAGCGUUCUGGCACCCGUCGAGGUCUGUCUCUAGUAUUCUGCCUGUGUCUAAGACGCUCAUCAAUGUGGGAAAGGUACGUGAUCAAUUCCUCUAGCACAUUGGGUAGGUCUCUAGUGGCGACCUCAUCUAGGAGUUUAUCUGAAAGCCCGUUCAUGAAUACGUCAAUAAAUGCUUGUUCAUUCCAUCUAACUUCGGCCGCAUGGGUACGGAAUUCUAAAGCGUAAUCAACAAGAGAACGAGAACCCUGUCUCAUACGUAGCAAGGUUUUGGCAGCAUUAGUUCUCCUCCCUGGAGGAUCAAAAGCCCUCCUAAAAGCUGCGACAAAUUCUACGUAGUUAAACACUACCGGGUUAUCGUUCUCCCACAGAGGAUUUGCCCAAGUCAAUGCCCUAUCGACCAAUAAAGUAAUGAUAUAACCUAUCUUUGCCCUAUCUGUAGGGUAUGCUCUCGGAUGGAGCUCAAAAUAGAUACUGACUUGAUUCAAAAAACCUCGGCAGCCUUUAGGAUCACCCCCGUAACGGAGAGGGGAGGUAGCAUGAUUAGGAGUACCCAUAGUAACCAUUUCCAUGGGUUGUUCCUGAGGUCUGAGUACUGGGGUUUGCUCCUCCGGUUGGAGAUGGGCAGUACGAGCAAGCAAGGUUUGUACUGCAAUAGCGAACUGGUCCAUGCGAUGGUCCAGUUCUUCAAAUCGGUCAUCAGGUGCCGGUCCGAGAGGGUUAACACCUGCAGGGUCCAUGGCCCUAGUGUAAUGUCACGACAGUGACCAAAGUCACAACAAUGACCCCUUCACACAGCGUGAAACCCACAGAAAGACGGUUACCGGACCUUAGAAUGGCCGGACUAGCGUCUGAGAAUAGUCAAGAGAAAUAGCCAGAGGUCAAGGAAAUACGGAAGACGGGCACACGAUUAUCCAAGCCAAGUGACGGGAAACCAGAAAACAGAACAGUCAGAGAGAGUAGCCAAGGGUCAAUACCAGGAAGGACAAUAAGAAAAGAUAGCACCAGGGGACUUAAACAAGAACCACACUAGGGCAUCUGACAAGUGUCAUGAUAGCCCUUUUAUAGUGUGUAUUCUUUGGCUUUAAUUCCGUAGCCACGCCCCCAAAAAGUCCGGGAGCGUGGCCACGUUUGAAUUUUGGCGCCAUUUUCGGUCUGACGUCGGCGCGCAUGUGCCGCGUCAUAAAUGUGGGAGUGUUCCGAGCGGCCGGCGUCAGAAUAGCUGAGCCGCCCCCCGGAAGGAUCGGAGGAGGACCCGGCGCUGCGCGGGACCGGCGGGGAAAGGUAAGCGCAUGUUACAAGUAGACAUUGUUACUAGUAAAACCGCAAAAAUAUUGCCAAUCUCUGCUAAGAAGAUAAUUUUUAUUUUAUGCUAAAUAUUGCAUUUAUAUGUUCAGCUAUGCACACAAUACCUUCAUUCAGGGAGGCAAAAUACAAAGAUGAAAGAUUCUCUAAGUGUCCAGGGCUGGAGUAGAUAGUUAUCAUGGGUGUAUUGUUACAAGGCCCACGCAGUACAUUGUUACGGGGCGCUUUACUGUUGCUCCAGAUCCGGGGCCGCUUUCAGCCAUUUCGUAUGCUGGCUCGCAUCCUUCUGAUGUUUUCUUGGACGCUGGUUGCUGCACAACGGAGACCUUGUAUGGCUCCAGCCUUUCGUCCCUUGUUGACAAUACAAAUGUGAUUGCAUCACCAGGCCGAUGUCGGAUAUGCACAUUUUGGCAUCAGAUGGGUGCAGCCAGCCUAUCACAGCCUCGCUAGGGUUAUAAACUUAUUUUUGCCUUUGUACUGUGUCCUUUCAUGGCUUUCCUUUGUGGUAAUCUGAGAGCUUGUUUAUCUCUUUGGCUACAUUUUUUUUUUUCAGAAAGAGUUUUGAAAAGACCUGAUCUGUUAGUGUAUGAGUACUGAUUUAAAGACCUGCACUUUAGAUUGCAUUCUGUAUUCUGUUCCUUGCACAUACACUCAACUUCCCCUGAGUUUGCUUGCAAUAAUCGUGUAUGGUGGACUAAUGAUUGCUGCAUGUUUUUGUUUUAUUCAGUUGCAGUGCAGUGCUUGGAGACUGUUUUUAAGAUUGGUCCAGAAGACGCACAACUUGCCACUUCGAAGUCCUUGGAAGAGGUUUUCUCACAAGCCCACCCUAUGGUAAUUUGAUUUAUUUUAGGAAAACAAGACCUCCUUAAAUGUUGCGCUUUAUGUUGAAAUUGAUUUUGCCAUUUGUGUAACAAUUUUAGUACUUCACUUUCCCCUUUAAUGUUUUGAUGACAUUGGUGAUGAGUGCAACUUUAUUUGUGCAUAAUUCUUCAUUGAACAAAGGUGCACCACCCAGCUAGUAUUUAACUUUUUUCUCAGUACUGAUGUCACAGCGAUUGUACUUGCCAUGUGUCAUAGAUUCUACACAUGUGCCUGACGUAGAUGAUUUGUAAAGAAAAAUUCAGCUUAUGUCAGUUGUCUUUCAUAGAACAAUGCUCUGUACUACAGCUCCAAAGAAAGCCCCCACCCCCAUAGGUUUUAUUUCUUGUUGACCUAUCAUAGUUAUGUAAUUUGUGAAAAUGAAAAUUAAAUUUAUAUAUAUAUAUAUAUAUUAUUUAUUUUUUUAAACAAAAGAAAAUCCUCUUAAAGAGAGCAAUGUUUUUACAGCCUUUUAAUCACCCACACAGGUGGGAAAAUUCAAAAAGAGUGUGGGACCCUGAACAACCUAAUAACUGGGGGACCAGACAUUGAUUCAUUGCAGUUUUUUUUAAACCACGUGCAGCAGACUGAGCUGUGUUAAUACUUCGUAUAGCUGCCUAAAUCAAAGUAUAAAACCAUAUUUAUCUGUAUUGUGUGAACUCCAAAACCUAUAAAAUAAUAUUCAUACUCCUUACCCAAACAUUUUCCUUAAUGCUCAAAAAUGUAUUCCUGACCUUUAAUUCCCAACCUUCAAUCUAAUUACUAAUUGUUAACUCAACUCUUCCUUGGUGAAACACAGUAGACCUUGAGAAGCCGUGAAAGUGGGGGAAAUCGUGUAUACCAAAAUCUAUUUCAACGUAUUUGAUUCACAUAUUUUAAUCCAAUCUUUUACAUUUGAGGUGGUGUAUCUUUUAUGAGUUUUAAUGUUCCUCACUCUGUCUACUGUAUAAACUGCAAUGUCAUAGUCAGUUUCCUGUAGUCACCAGGAAAAUAACUUGUCUUGUCAGCAGCUUAGGGCAAAACCAGCCUAGAAGAUGAAUACUGUAUAUGUAGUAUAAUCCAAAUGUAUUGUGACAUUUAUUUAAUGACCCUGGAGAGUAGGAAUUAUCUGACACCUUUUAUUUAAAUUUUAAUAUCACAUAAGGGCAAUUUGUGAUCAGAGUCAGAAUUCUGCUAGUAAAAAAUGAAAGCAGUAUUGCAUAUUUACCUUUUUCAAUUGGAAUGACCAUAUUUUGGACUGAUGAACCUUUUUAAAACUUCAUUGUUCUAAAAUGCUGCUUGUUCAUUAAAAAAAAGUUUUACAUCACUGGAUGACGUAAGUACCCACUGUAUUGUACGAAUGUACUUUGUUGACUGGUAACAUAUCUUGUAAUUUAAAAUAAAUAAAAACAUACAUAGAGGGGGCGGAGCCUUGCAGCUGCACUGACCGGGUCGAAGUAGUGUGCUCCUUGCCAAAAAGCCCCAAAUCGAGGAAAAUAGCCUAAAAUACUACCUUCCCAGAAGCCCCAGAGAGGCGGGGGGGGCAGGGUGUACUUCCACGGCGGCAACAAACUACAGGGCAAAUGACCAAGAUCGGUGGCAUUUUCCCGAGGACAGACCAGAGGCCUACAAGAGGCUUGCACAGAUGGCACGAGGGAGGCGGCCGACCCCUUAGCUGACUGCAGCAUCCUCACCCAGCGGUCUCCCACACAUACUCUCCCCAGGUAUAUGAGGAAUAUCCCAGCAACCACAGUCUGCGGGGUAGGUACGGAGAACUGACGCUGUCUCACCUGCAUGAUCAUCAUGGCGGACGCCACGUGUAACUCUACACCCAGCUCCUCCCGGCCCUCUCUCUCGACGAAAGGCUGGACUCCCUGUUCGCAGACUUCUGGGCCACGCUUUCUCAUCACAGGGGCACCAAAGAGGCGGCUGCACCGACAACAGCCAAACGAGACACUGAGCAGCGACCCGCAGCUCCCAAACCGGGCCCUGACAUGGCAUGAAUGGUGGGAAGGAGGAGGUGAAUGGCCCGACGAAAGCUGCAAAGCUGGAAUACUGAAGCAGCGAAGCGCCAUCCUCUCCCCAAGCAGCAGCCCAACACGGGAUUAACCCCUUCAAGCCUCUCUCCGCUCUGGUUGAUCACCACCCACCCAGGGCGAAGACAACAUUCAGGGGGACCCCGAGCUUUAAAAGCAUACUGCCAUGGGACUGCUGUAACAGACGCUCAAGAAUGUGGUGAGAACUGAGACUGGUGGAGUAUUGAAACUAGAAACUUGGGCCGGUGGGGGCAGUGCUCAGCAAGUCUGGUACACCAGACCACCCCUACACAGGCAAUGCUGUUUGGCGGGAAUAGGCUUAGCACUCUGCCAGCAUUAAGAUCUGGACUCCAUGUUUUCUCCAGAUCAUAUGUCUACUUGGACUGAAUGUUUUCUGCUAAUGUUUCCUAUGCUUUAUGCUUGCUUUCUGUGGUCAACAGUGGAUUUAUUGUUAUAUCACACUACUUCUAUAUUUAACAGCAUGUUCCCUAAUUUUAUACAACACACAGACCCUCUCAUGCAUCGCAUAUUCACUCCACCGUGUUCCAGUACAUGUAACUAAGCCAUAAUGUCUCUUACAACCUUGCCUGUAGCGCGUGGGGUUUAGAGCGUUUUUCCCUGGAACACCGGAUCACAGUGAAUAGAAAUCUUUAGAGCAACCAGUUGUAUUUAGCAUGAGUAUAGCCCAGCGUGUAUCUUUAUAUACUUUUUAACCUGGCUAAACAACUCAAUAUUCUUAGUUAAAUCAAUCUUAUGUUUACCCUAUCGUUACAAUGCAACACACAUCUAACUCACUAUCCUUACCCGACCACUAGUAUACUGCGCAUUUUGAUGUGUCCGUUCAGUCUGUACGCUAUAAAAUUACAAUCUUUUGUUUAAAAUCAUAGUUCGUACCUUAACAUAAUCUCUUACUACUUAGCCUGCUUAUUAUAAUAUAAUAUAAAAUUGUGCUGUCUACCCACAUGCCAUGUCAACUACUGUUCUUAAUACGCUUGCUAUUGCUGUUGUGGCAGAAAAAAAAGGAUUAAAAAAACUUGCAUAGCAAAAAAAAAAAAAGUUUUAUAACACUUUGAGAGAACAACAGACAACAGAUACAGGGUGCGCUAGAAAAAAUGAAAGAGUCUCUAUAGGUAUAGUGUAGAUCUUGAGUGACUGUUCUUCUAUUCUUGCUUUGGAAUCUCCGUAGUCAGAUAUGGAAUACAAAAGCAGAGAGGGGGGAGACCGAAUAGUGCAAAACCGUAAUACUGGGAGGAUCACGAACAACACAGACGUGGAGAAAUGCCAACUUACAAUUUAUAGAGCUACGUCCAGCUCUAGGUAAAACAGCAUACAGUGGUAUUUAAUACUCCCCACAUGUAGGAUAUUACUGGGCAAAUUGGAGGUGACUCCACACGAUUCUUUACACAAUUUUUAGAGCUAUGAGCUCUAUCCCCCUUUGUGAUCAGUACUGUAGCGCUGUUCCCCCCCCUUUUUUUUGUCUUAUAACACUUUGAAACUCUGUUAUGUGGCUUCUGCAUCAUUGGCUAAUAUGGCUACUCCAAGCUGUAGUACUGACAUUAGGAUGCACACAGCAUUGUCUUAGGAUCUAGAAACAAAUAUUAAUAUGCCAUUCCUAUCUUACAGUCCUAGCUUAAACAAUGAAAAAUAAACCAAGGCCAUUAUUUCUUCAGCACCAAAUGUUAUAGUUGGUAGUGGUACUCAGGCAGGUGGCAUUCUCCUGAGUGUACAUCAGUCACUAAUAUUCCGGCACAGCCGGUAUUUGAUGCUCUGUGGCCGGUGCCAGUACUGCAUAUAAACCAUGUAUUGCUAGAGUAGGACCUGCCAAGAAUAGGGUACAUUGAUAUUGUGGCACUGUAACUAAACCCCAUUUUUUUUAAUUUAUUUUUUUGCCAGGGUGAGGUGUUUUAAAAUAAAACUAUUACAUUAUGUGAGCCUUGAAAUUGCUGUUUAGUGAAUGAAUGAGUGUGUUGGAUCCUGUAUAGGGCUGAAUAAACGGUAAUUUAACUCCUAAAUGGCAGACAAUUGAACAGUGACACUUCAGUCAUGAUCUAUACACCAAAACCACUUCACUAAGCUGAAUUUGUUUUGGUGCCUUUUAAUGACCCUUCAAAUAUUCAUUUUUUUCUCCUAUUCAGUAGAUGUGACAAAAAUAGGGAAAAUGGUGACCUGCUGGUAGGUAUUUGUAGUGACCAUGUAACCCACGUGUAGUUAAUACAAUUUAAACCCUAUAUUUCUAAAUUAAAGAAAUUUGUAAAAAUAAUGUAAUAGUAGUGAAAUGGGAGAGCCCUUUUACACCUUCCCUCCGUGACAGUAGAAAUGGUAUGAAUCACUGAAAGUGUAUUUGUUGCUUGGAAGGAGAAGGUAGCAGUCAUUUUCAGUACAUUCACAGACAUUAAAAGAGUGGCCAGUGACUCCAGCCACAGUUAUUCCUUCUUCUUUCUCACUGGCAAUCAUUCCUAGAGUAUAUUUAAAUGCCAACAUACAAAAUUAUGCCCUGAGCUCAAACUUCCACUACUCCUGGGCGGCAGCAAUGACUAUAGUACACAUCAGCCCCAAUACAAUAGAAAAAACAAAUAUAAUGGUUACUUGCGCACUAUUCCAAAUCCAAAUGCACAUUUAAAUAACUGGAGUUUUUUUUUUCGUGUUACUCCAAAGGCUGUUGGAUGUAAGUUGACCUGCCACAUCAUAGGUGAGUCCUACAAUAACACGACAUUUUGCUCAAAUGUAAAAUAACAAGAUGGGCCUGUGAAUAUUAUGGGAAAAUGGAACUUGAUAAAGGAAGUGGAGCUUGCCUUUUGUCAAGAUAGGAAAAAAUACCGAAGACAAAGCAGUCUCUCUUUUGUCCUAUGUAUUUUGGGAUAAGAUAAGAUUGGAUGAAAAGAAGAUUAGAUUCAGAAAGAGGGGGAGAAGAGGAAUAGAUUUAAGAGAGGUAAGUUUGCUGUUACAGAGCCCCUUUCAUGGCUCUCUUUAUGCAUUGAGUUUUGGUCUAAUGGCAAAUGCCACUCUCUGAUGCAUUUUAUGUACCAAUAGGACUCUGUCAGAGCAACAUGACAUCCUAUUGGCAAAACAUACAGGGAUAUUCACUAAAUUGAUCAUUCAACGUGAAUUUCAAAUUUUAAGGCUUUUGAUUUAAACCAGGCUUCUGCUGAUGUUUGUGUCCUGCCUUUUAUUAGCAGAGUCUGGGAAGGUAGCUUUUAAAGCAGGACCAGCCAACAUUUCAUAUUUCAGCUUGGAUAGAUGGUUGUUCUGUUGAUUGAAUAAGGUAUGCUCUAAUUGCUGCCUUGUCAUUACUAUAUUGUGCAUUACAAGUGACAGGACUUGUAUGAAAAUUAAGAAGGGCCAUUAAAACCAAAAUGCUAAAACAUGUUUGUUGAAUUGCAAACAUGGCUAUUAUCUGUGAUGCUUUAUAUCCAGUCCGCUUUUAGCAGUAACCGGUUUUCUAUGUAGUAUUUUCUGGAUACAAUAUAAAACCUCCCCAAUAUAUCAUCUCAUUGCUUCUUUUUAAAUGCAGUUUACUCUGUAUUGGGAUUUUUUUUUUUUUUGCAUUUCCACCGUACCGGGGAUCAUUUCUCUCCUUGCAAUCUCUAAACUUAACAUAUAUACAAUUACUUAAUAUGACUCUUUAAAUAGCAUCCUUAUAUAAUCUAUUCAUAUCUAUGACCCUACCUCCAUGUUAAUCUAUCUCUACAGGUAAUGUCCUGAUCCCUAUAAUGAAUCAACUUUCUUGGUCUAUACACCAGAUAAGUCAUACUGCUUAACUUAAAGGAACAUUAUAGUGUUGGGAAUACAAAACUGUAAUCCUAACACCUAACACUAUAGAGUCUCUUUGCCCCCAGACCUUCCUUCCCAUCGAAAGCAUUGUUUUAGUACUUUCCUAUGGGGAUUUUCAUGAUGCUGGACAUCCUCAUGGAAGGCAUAAGACCGCCCAGCAUUGUUUCACGUAGUUCAACUCUGUGGAAGGCCAAAAUGUGUCUAUGGUGGCAGAGGCCAGAGAUGUCUGAGAGACAGCGUCUAGAGGCAGUCUUAAGCCUGCAAUUUAAACAUCUCUGAAACUGCAAUGUUUUUUCACAGUGUUAAUGGGACAGGGACACUGCACACAGACCACUUCAAUGAGAUGAAGUGGUCUGGGUGCUUAUAGUGUCCCUUUAUUAACUACUAAAAUUCAUCAGUUGGAGGAUUUUUACAUUUUUUAUAGGUCACCAUAAUAUAUGUUGAUUUUUAUCAAUGGCACUCUUUCUAAAUAUAUUAAGUUUAAUUUACAAUAAGCUGCAAUAUAAACUUCAGUUUAUAUAGCCAAGUUUACUCUGCUGUGUAAGAACAACAGCAACAUUAUUUGCAUAGAUACAUUUAUCUUUUACAUACUUGUAUCCGUAUGCAACUUUUCUUUUUUUAUAACGCAUGUGACUGGACACAUUCAUGGCACGUACAUGUUAUCCAAGCUUUAGGAAACAUUCGUAUUCCUAAUGCUAUAGUGUUCUACUCAUGAUUUAUAUAGUCCAGAACUGUAGUGAUUAGUUAAUCUUCGCUGAGAUGUACUCAUCCGAUGCCUGUAGAUGGAGCUUCCGCGAUACCAGUGUGCAGCAUUCUGCUGGCCUGCGGUGGGGGACCGCUACUAUUACAUAUUGCCUCUUCAGGGUGUUCAUCCCUGCUGACCGCAGACUUGGAGCCUCCGGGUUUCCGCUCCUCCUGCCAUAGGCUUUUCUGUGCCGUCUCCCUCCAGCGGCGUGUUAUACACCAAUAUGGGUAGCCUUUGCUGGAUGGCAGGGUCGGAAGGUAGGUUUGCCACGAGGCACUGGCGGCUUCGGCCUUCUGGUCUCCCGCCUCAUUGCUGGAGUAGGCCGUGGAGAUGCUGCAUGGUCCUGGCUGUACAGACCUCCAUGCGGGGUGAUCUCUGCUCGUCCAUUGAUUUUCUCUCCGAAUUGGGCACAGAUGCUGUCAAAUUUUAACAGUAGCAGUACCACUCUAUUUGUCAGGCUGUUCAGGCUUCAAUGCGCUCAGUGUGGCGGUGGACAUAUUGGUGAGUAGGCUUAUAUGUGCUGGGCAAGCAGUCCAAUUAGCACAGAGGUGGGGACCGGUAGAACCCCCACUGGUCCAAAGGGGGGGCGGCAACGGGGUGGCUUAACCCACUGAGUGAGAGUCACGUCUCGUGGUUAAAGAGAUCGGUUGCCUCCUCCGACCAACUAGAUUACAAGGCCCCCAAGGUACGUCCGGGUGAGAUAGCCGGAGAGCCUCCGUGAAGGGCCCUGAAGGACUGUGCUCUGCUGCACGGGUACGUGGGACACGAGAAAGGGCUGAUGGACGUGAUGGGAGUAAGUUAUAUUGUCUUAAAGUUUAAACUAUAGUAAGAGCUCUCCCACAGCACGUUCUUCUGCCAUGCGGUUCAGGCCCCGCUCCCUUAGCCCUGCAAUUUAAACAGUGAUCUAUCUACACAACAGAAAUGCCACUACACCCAGGCCAGUUUAUUGAGAUGAAGUGGUAUGGGUGCUAUAGUAGUCCUUUUUAAAUAUUUGUUGUAUACAUAUUGGCUAGCUGUGUGAUUGUGCAGUUCUUUUAUAAUCGGAGGUUCUAUACUGUAUGAAACUGUACCGCAAGCAUACUGCAUAUCUGGUUAUUAUGUGUAAAAUACCACAUGGUCUGGUGUAUAUUAUCUUGAUAGAAAACAUACAAAAUAAAGUAUAUACAUACUUGUCCAGAAGGAAUGAGUGUAAUCCUAUAAGGCAGAGGUUCCUAACACAGUCCUAACAAAACUUACCAGUGGCCCAGAAUUGGAAAAUGCCUAAAUCCGGCACUCAUGGUGUGUCUUGAGGACUGUCUUGGGAACCACUUGUAAACGGUACUUGAGAAGCAUGUAAUCCAUUUAGCAUAUACUUGUAUAAACACCAGCUAAGCUGGCAUGAGCAGCAUGCUUAUCGAAAGAUAAGCUGAAUAAUUGAGGAGAUAUCAUUUCAUAGAAACAUAGAAACAUAGAAUGUGACGGCAGAUAAGAACCAUUCGGCCCAUCUAGUCUGCCCAAUUUUCUAAAUACUUUCAUUAGUCCCUGGCCUUAUCUUAUAGUUAGGAUAGCCUUAUGCCUAUCCCACGCAUGCUUAAACUCCUUUACUGUGUUAACCUCUACCACUUCAGCUGGAAGGCUAUUCCAUGCAUCCACUACCCUCUCAGUAAAGUAAUAUUUCAUAUGUGAUUAGAGCUGCAGUGCCUUAGAUAAAGAUGAGCAAUCACUUCUGAGUGUAAAGCUAUGUUUUAAUACCAGGGUAAAUGUUGGCAAUUAGGUAUGUCCUUACUGUAAUUAUUUUGAACUAGCAUGAGAUUCCUGGUGUGCGAUGCACAUUCACAGUGUCUAAUAUUUGCCUGUGUAUGACCUGGGAAUCUCUGGAAAUGAUACCCAGAGAAGAAACGUGCACAGCAUUUCAGAAAUAUGAGGACACAGAUUGCCUCAUAUUGCAGAAGGGGUAAGUGUAUUUUAUGCUUCCUUAAAGGAAGACCACCACUAGAGAUGUGUUUUAACCCUGCAAUGGAAACAUUGCUAUGUCUACAAAACUGCAAUGUUUUACACUGAAAGGUUAAAACUAAAUGGCAAUUGCAUCCAGACCCCUUCAUUGAGAUUUAGUGGUCCUUAAAUGUAUGCUGGGUGAGUUAAACUAUCGCCAGCUAAAGGUGACUGGUCAUCAGUAAUAAAACGUCCGUCAUACCACUGAAUCAAAAUGUUGAUAUGUUUCCAUUGUGAUGCUCUUUCUAUUUCUGAGCGUGGAUAUAAUAGUUAACUCCUUAUCUGAACUUUAUAACUGUUUUAUGAUUUUACAGAGUAAUGAGUUGUCACCAGUGGAAUCUCCUUCCUUAUCACCAGCUGACACAGAAAAAGCUGAGAAGCUGAAAGAUGAAGGUACUGUACAUAACUGGGGCACUUACUAAUGCCACAAUAAAUCCAGUAAAAUUAUCAGUGUCCCGGUAGUUUUGUGGGCCACUUGAUGAACACCCCAGAUGUGACUCAUCUACAAUAAUAAACUAAUUACCACUUAUUGUGCCAAAUGCAUGAGUGAGAUAAUGUAUGUAACAAACAAACUCCGUGCAAAAUAGUAGAAAUAUAAUGAGUGAUACGCAUGGCUUCUCCAGGAACAAAGAGAUUAAGAUCUGUAUGUGCAUCUUUUUCAUAGAGUAAUCCUUGAAAUUAAGAAGACUUACUUUAUGUGCAUUCACAACAUGUUCUUUGUAUUUUAUAUUCCAGGCAAUAUUUUUAUGAAAGAACUAAAUUAUGAAGCUGCUCUGGAUUGUUAUACACAGGCCAUAGAACUGGAUCCAAACAAUGCAGUUUAUUAUUGUAACAGGUAAUUGUAAGAGCGCAGAUAUUUUUGUUUGAAAGAACAGCUUGAAAAAAACCGCACAUUAAAGUAUAUGAUAUAGAAUGAUACAAGGAUCGAUUGGUAAAGAAGCAUAUCAAUUAAUUUAGCCCCUUAAGGAUACAACUUCUGGAAUAAAAGGGAAUCAUGACGGAAUAUUUCCGUCAUGUGUCCUUAAGGGGUUAAAAAAAACAAAAAAAAAUGAGAAAAGCAGAACUUUCUUCAUAUAAAAAGUACAGCGAAUUCAAUACUAUAUAUAUAUAUAUAUAUAUAUAUAUAUAUAUAUACACACACACACCUAAUACUAACCUUUACCUAUGAAGCUUUAAACCUCUCUAGCCCCUGUUACAUUUCUUCACUGAUUCUUAGAUCUGUUCCCUUCUCCGUCUCCGCUCUUCCGGUGACCUUCUCCUGUCCGUUGCUCGCACCCUUACUGCUAACUCGCACUUGCAGGACUUCUCGGGGGCGGCUCCCUUCCUUUGGAAUAGAUUACUCCCUACUCCCAUCAGAUUCUCCCCUAGUCUUCAACUGUUUAAGAAGUCCCUCAAAACACAUCUUUUCAUUAAUGCUUAUGGAAUCCCAGUGUAACGGAUCUAUAUUUAUCCAAAUCUGUCUCUUGCUCUCCUAAAAGAGCCACACGUCACUCUCACCUCCAGUUUUGCUACUUUUCCACCUUGUUUGGGGUCUGUCACCCUUGCUGCCCUGCUCUGUUUUUGAACCCCACCUCCUCUAGACUGUAAACUCGUUUGCGCAGGGUCGUCAUCUACCCAUUGUCACUGUGUAAUUGUCUCAUUUAUUGUAAAAUCUCCCCCCUCUCAUAAUAUUGUAAAGCGCUGCGGAAUUAGUUGGCGCUAUAUAAAUACCAAUAACAAUUAUAUCUGCUGUAAAGUUAAUUCAGAUUACAGACACUAGAGCAUGUCUGUUCCUUCCUGAAUUACUUCCUUUGUGGGGAGGGGGGAAUGAGGAGGGAUCUGCUAAAUGGAACAUUGUAACAUUCAUUAGACUGUUUAUUUUAUUUUCAGGGCAGCUGCCUAUAGUCAACUAGGCAACCAUAGCACUUCAAUAAAAGAUUGUGAGAAAGCAAUAUCCAUUGAUGGAAUGUACAGCAAAGCAUACGGAAGAAUGGGGUAAGAACAUAGGUUAGCUCAAUAAUCUGUUACACCUAUAUUAUAAUGUAUUGUGAGACCUAUUGAAAACAUGUGUUUUUAUCUUUUACCCCCAUUGUUUUGAUUGUGGUUUGCAGAUUUUAUUCUUAGAGUGAAAUAGACAAUAUCCCCUAUCUGUAGGUGAUGGCUCCCAUUUUGUUCAGCCCAGUAAAAACUUUCAAGUCCAGAGUUGGUCAAGUAAGCAUGUAGAAGGUUCUGUGGAAGUAGCCAUGGACAUUUCAUUCACGGUCUGUUGUGCCAACUAACAGGCAGUAGCUACAUGGGGGUGGGGUGUUAUGGUUAAAUAACUUGUCCUUGGAAAAGUUCUGAUUGUGGUACAGUUGCCUUGGAAAAAAAAUAAAUGCAUGUUUCCAUAGAUUGUUCCACUUUUACAACUCCACUCAAGAACUGUAUAAAAUGAUCUUCCUUUAAUCAAGAAUACUUAGCACAAAAAAAGAAAUAAUUGGUGUUGCCGUGGUGAUAGCCCCGAGUUAUAAUUUUCUGUUAGGAUGCACACAUUAACCUCCCUGGCGGUAAUCCAGAGCGUGGCUCGGGGUUAAUUUUCAGUACCAAAAGCGGUAACCCCGAGCCACGCUCGGGAUUACACUGUGGUAUCACUUGCCUUGUCCCUAGGAGCCUCUAGUGUCCUCUGCCCAAUGCCGGCAUCCGUCUUCUGGGUUCCAUGCCCUGCGGCGACGCAGAGGGGCGGAACCAGGCGGGAAAUAAAAAAAAAAAAAGUAAACCUACACAUACACACAAUACAUUGUAAUACAGUGUAAUCUGUUAGGAUUACAUUACUGAAUCAAACUUUUCACCUCAGUUUUGUCCAAGUGCUUUGUCCAGGGUCCUGCCUGCACUUUUACCUUUCUUUCUUUCUGCCUGGAAACUUGAGAAUGUCCAUGGCAUCCAAAAAGCAUCCCUUUAGGUCAAAAGUGGUUUUAGACCAGCUAGAAAACAGCGAUAGUGAAUUAGAAUCACUUGCAGAAUUGAGCGUUGGUAAUUCAUGGGAAAAUUCGUCAUCAGACAUUGAAAGUGAUGACUGCGACAAUUCUGCGACUGAGUGAACUUGGUGCUCUAUUGACUGUGGUACGGAUCAGGCAGCGCCAAAGUUUUUUUGCUGGAGCAUCAGGUAUGAAAGUAGACGUUGAACACAACAACCCCCUGGCAUACAAUUACAAUUAUUUCUGACCGAUGAAGUUAUUGAAACAAUAGUUACUGAGACAAACCGGUACAAAGAGCAACAACUGGCUACUCUGCAUCAGAAGUUUUCAAGAAGCAGAAAGUGAGAACCAGUGACCAAAGAUGACAUUUAGAAAUUUCUGGGACUAAUAAUACUUCAGGGAGUAGUGGGGAAACUUCUGCAGAAGUGGUAUUGGACAACUAAUUAAUUACUUGCCACUCCAUUCUUUGGCAUGGUCAUGUCAGAGUAUAGAUUUUCCCUGAUCAUUAAAUUUCUACACUUUGAAAACAACGAAGAAUUUGUUUAAACUAUUUAUCAUGCAUCAAAACUAAAGAAAAUUUGGGAAGUAUCUUAAAUGAUUCUAAAGAAGUUCCAACGGAGCUAUGUGCCAGAAAGAGCUAAUGGCCUACAAGGAAAGGCUCAGCUGGGUACAUUACAUUGCAUCAAAGAGAGCACGAUUUGGCGUAAAAUCUUACAUGCUAUGCGAAUCGUCAACUGGCUACAUCUGGAAUUUAGUCAUUUACACUGGAAAAGGAACAAAAUUCAAUCCAAAAUACAGCAACUAUGGAAUGUCAACAUCUUCCGUUCUUUCACUCCUUGAGCUAUUGCUAAAUCAGGGCUAUUGCAUAACAACCAACAACUUUUAUACCUCUCCUGAGCUUUGAGUUUCUUCUGCAAAACAAAACAGAUGCCUAUGGAGCUGUUAGGGCUAACCGGCGCGACAUGCCGCCAAUGUUUUGCAAUAAGAAGCUGAAGACUGGAGAAAUGGUUGCCUGGCAAAAUGAUGGCACUGCGAUGGCGUGACAAGAAAGAUGUGUGCCUAAUGAGUACAGUUCAUAAUACCUCCACUGUUAUGGUACGCACGAAAGGUGGGAAAGAAAUCACGAAGCCACAAGUAGUGAUAGAGUACAGUUACACCAUGGGUGGUGUGGACAGAGCCGACCAAGCAAUGACAUUCUACCCAGCAAUGAGGAAACCGCAAAAGAAGUACUACAAGAAGAUCUUCAGACAUCUUCUUGAGCAAUGCUUGUGGAAUGCCUACAUUCUGUUUAAAAAAAAAAAAAAAAAAAAGUGACAAGCCUGUGAUUCAUUCUGACUUUAUUUGGAAAGUUGCCAAACCUUUGUGAACCACCAAACACCAUCAAUGGGUGUGAAUAGAGCUGGAUGUCGUGAUGUUGGUGUUGUCAACCCGGAACGCCUGACUGGUCGUCAUUUCAUGGACUACAUCCCACCAACCUGCUGUGUGUGUGUGGUGUGUGUGUGUGUGUGUGUGUGUGUGUGUGUGUGUGUGUGUGGUGUGUGUGUGUGUGGUGUGUGUGUGUGUGUGUGUGUGUGUGUGUGGGGGGGUGUGGGGGGGUGUGUGUGGGGUGGGGUGUGUGUGUGUGGGGUGGUGUGUGUGUGGUGGUGUGUGUGUGUGUGUGUGUGUGUGUGUGGGGAGGGAGGGUGUGUGGGAAUCGAGGGUAAAAAAUAAUAUAAAAUAUAUAUAUAUAUAUAUAUAUAUAUAUAUAUAUAUAUAUAUAUAUAUAUAUAUAUUUAUAUAAUAUAUGCGCUAAAUCUGUAUUCCCUCCUCCCUCCUUCUUACCUUUAAUGAAGUAGUGGAGGUACACAACCAUCCCUGGUGGUCCGGUGGUGGUAAGUACUGCUUCCGUGUCGGGAGGCAGGGGGAGGGAUAUGUGAAGCAGCUCCCCUGUCCUCCCGCGCGAUGCUGUGUGGAGCGUUGCCAUGGUAACGCGCGGCAACGCUCCACACUGAUUGCUCGCGGAAGGACAGGGGAGCUGCUUCACAUAUCCCUCCCCCUGCCUCCCGACACGGAAGCAGAGUAGGUGCCUGCCGUUUUGGGCAGUGAACCUAUGGCUGCGUGCCCACAGAGAGGGCACGGCGUGCCAUAGGUUCGCCAUCACUGAGCUAGAUGAACAGGAAGCUGACUUCAGCUCCAUUGCUGUAACAUUAUGAUUAACUCACCCUGUGUGUUCAGUGAAAGCAAGUAAGAAAGUAAUAUGACAGCCCAGACUCCACUAAUCCUAAAUAUGUGUUUGGCAUCAUCCAGUGGAUUCUAAUAGUUCCUUGCCUUAUACUGUGUAAGAAGGAAUGGAUGAAGAAGAUGAUGCACAUGCACCACAGUAUAUUCUUCAGCCUUCAUUCAAUGCAUCCCUGUGUGACCAUGCACAGGGAGUUGUGUGACAUUCUGAAUUUGCAACAGAUUUUUAUCAAAAGUAAGGUUGUACUGGCAUAGCCUGACAUCUCAGUAUUACAAAAAAGAGGGAUUAAGUGAAAAGGAAAGAACACGGAUAAUUUCUAGAAAGUACACAAAUGCAUUUUAUUAGCACUAAAACAUUAAUAGAUUAAUUGAGUAGCACAGCCCUCCACCUAUACCUCCCAACACUGUGUUUUAUGAAAUUAGGGGUGGGGAUGUAUCAGGACAUCCCCAUGUGCUCAGGACAGCAAUACUGGGAUCACUAAAUGGGACUGUCCUGCUAGGUUUGAGACAGUGGGGAAAAUUGCUAGCCCAUUUUUCUAGUUGAUAAAUCCUUAAAACUAGUUUGACAGGUAUUGUAAAACACAAAACCUGCAACUGGCUUCUUAAAACAGCACACUCAAUCACAGAGUACACAUAGGCACUCACACUUGGACCUGCCCCAUUAACGUCUUCAAGACUCCCUCUAUUUUUCUUCCAGGGCAUUUUAUUGUUUUGAAAAAGACGAAAACAUCUAAUCAAUGUCGAGGUUACAAAUAAAUCCAGCGUUAUUUUCAAGUUCUAAUAUUAAGGAGCUAAAUUAGUAUUUCACACUCUGCUUAAAAUAAAUGUUCAAUGACAAUAAUAACAAUAUCACAUCCAGUCCCAAUCAAUGUCCUUUGAAAAUCUGUUAAAUAGAUUUCCCAAUGUAACCUUGGAAACUUUCUCGAAGCAUCUGUAAAGAGUACCGGUCAGUGAAUUGAAAAGUUUUGUAAAUUAGAGUCUUUCAAUGAGAAAAUUAAAGUUCUAAUAUAGGUCUCAGUAACCAAAAAGCAGAGAAACCAUUUGUUCUCAAUGCUGCAAGAUGUAUACCUAAUCCAAUUUGAACUGCUAAUCUAAUGUGGAGAGAAAACCCCCACAAAAAUCCUUCUAUUUAAUUAUUAGUGUGACUUAUGUAUGCAAAGUAUGUAUUACAACAGCGUCAGAUGGUUUGUGGUUUUUUUUUGCAGAAUAUUGAAGGUGUUUUGUUUUGGUUUUUUUUAGGAGAGCUUUUGCUGGUAUGAAUAAGUACAAAGAAGCAAUCAGCAGCUAUCAGAAAGCCUUGGAUUUAGACCAUGAAAAUGAAUCAUAUAAAUCAUAUUUAAAAAUAGCAGAACAAAAACUUAAACAAGUCCCCAGCCCGGUAAGCUAUUCUUGUUGGCCAUCUAACUUUGAAAUACUAACAACUGUUUCUUCCUUGUUAAUGUAGCUAAAUCAGAAGUCAUUGCUUUGCUUGGUAACGAUCACUUUCUGUUUUUGUUAGACAAGCGCAGGAUGGGGUUUUGAUAUGGCCAGCCUAAUGAACAACCCAGCUUUCGUGAGCAUGGUAAGAAGUGAUAUAAGAGAUCUGUACAAAUCAUACUUCAAACUUCUUAGAGCAGGGCUUUAUGGUCCAACACCUGUAAAACAUACUAACCUAUAUGCAAUAAAUAUAUAUCUUUUUAAUAAACUACCUACUUGGUUUCACAAUGCAAUAUAGUUAAAGACUGGAACUCAAAAAAUCACGCUUCAUAGUAUUACUGAGUAAAAAUCAUGCUUCCUAGUAUUACUGAGUACUAUAUGCACCGCACCGGACACCAUAACCACUAGUCCACUUGGCUGGGGUCUCGCCGUACCUUCCCACCCUGGACCAAACACCUAGAUCCAGCUCCCAGUGGCGAGGUUACUUUCGCCACACAUACCAAGAGAGUUGUGGUGGUGAAAUAAGUGUGGAUGAAAACCCCUUCCACCUGAAGUAAGUGGAUAGUUAAUAUAUUGCUAAACACAAAUACACACACAGUCAAUGUAUAAAGUGGAUUUAUGAGGCAAAAAUUUCUUUGUUGCGUUCACUUGCAUACGCCUACCUAGAAUCCCUUGCAGUAGUGAGAGCACUGUUAAAGUGAGAUUUCUGUGGGAAAAGCAGGUCUUAUGGCUUGACUGGUGUGUAUAUUUUUGUUUAGCAAUGUAUUAACUAUCCACUAUAUAUAUUAAUAUAUAUUUUUUCGUUUUUAGAACUAUGAAAUGAGAGCUGCAAUACUUCCUUCAUAUGCAUAUGCAUAGUCAUAUCACGCUUACACUUACCUUAAUUCCACUUUAAAUCGGGAUUCAUAUUACGAUGUCCUCAAGUUCCGUAGGAAAUAUGGCUUUAUCCCAGCAGUAACACACAACCUUGCUCUUUCAUAAAUAUGUAUAUAAACUUUCUGUCUAUUUUCAUCCAUUGGGAAGAGCUCAUUUUAAUAAAUAUUAAUGAGGUUAACUAUGUUAACAUUAUGAUCGUGACUCCAGUUUAUAUGCCAUACUGGCUAUUUUUUUUUUCUAUGCUAAAUGUAAACAAAGUCUCCACUGAGUAUUGAAGGUGGCUUAUGAAGGAGUUUGUGCAAACGUAGAACAAAGCUUUCUAAAGGGUAUCAUGAUUAAAUAAUACAGAAUUACAAUAUGUAUGAGACAUGUCACUCUAAUGAGUAUGGUGUAUGUAUCUCUUAAAUUUAUAAAAUUGUAUGAUAAUGCAUCUACAUUUUUACACGUUCUAUCACAUAUAUAUGUAAAUAUCUGAAUGAUAUUCCAUUUGGGAAUUUUUACUUUAACGGGAAUUAUUUGUUUGUUUGUUUUUUUAAGUGCUUCCACCUUUUAAUUUAUUUCAUAUAUUUUGUCUAAAUGGAAAGAAAUUAAACAGGAUUACAGGGUGUUGUUUUUUGUUUUUUUUUAACAAACUAAAGAGAGCUCCUUAUUACCUAUAAUUAUUCCCUGAAUCUCCAAGAAUUUGGUGGGUGAAUCCAGAAAUUUUAUUCCUUAUCAAAAAUGGGCAGAUUUUGUUGUAAUGCAAAGCCUUUGACAAAGGUUCCGCUGAGCCCAAAUAUAGCCAAUCUUUGAUCAGGAAUAAAGUUCUUUGAUUCACCCAAUGAGUUUCUGGUGCUUCUGGUAAUAUUUUAUUACUCCUCUAGACCAGUGGUAGUCAACCUUUUUCUACCUACCGCCCACUAACCCAUCUUUUUGGUUGAAAAAAUUUCCUUACUGGCCACCAGUUUUCGCGCAAGUGUGGAAUAUUUUUUAGAAAGGAGCGUUUUAAAAAAAAUGUACGUACAUUUAUCUUUUUAUUUAUACUUAAUAAAAAAAUAUAUAGAAUUUCUCACACACUCAUAAGUAGUGUUCACAUACAGUGCUGUAUGAAUUACAAUUCAACAAGUGAUUGUGAUAGAAAAUGAAAUAACUUCCCUUAGCAAGAUAGGAUAUGCCCGAAGAUUUCCUCCUAUCUUCAAUUCAACAUGCAUAUAGUAUAGGGCUAUUCCAAGCUAGGGAAACAGAAAAUAUAUGGCAUAGUGCAAUACUGUAUAUACUGUGAUUGGAUAUAUGGGUAAGUGACAAAUGCUCACUCACACUUUAACAUCCCAAGAAGUGCUUUCAGAAAUAUGCUGUGUCUUCUUUGCCUCAGAUACUUGGUAAAUGUGAAUCUCACAUAAAAAACAAAGUGCAAAAAAUAUAGAUUGAAUGACUGUUUGAGUAAAGAGUAAAAAAAGCAUUUAUUACUUACAUCAAAGUAAAUAAAAGCAGGUAAAUCAGUCCAACGCGUUUCUUCCCUGUUAGGGACUUCCUCAGGGACAAUCUUUCACAAAGAUGAUGAAUAAAAAUACAUAUAAACCUAGUUACAAACAUUUCCCAAUAUAUACCACCCCCAAUCAGUCCCAAUAGUGGUUCUGCAGGUGAUUCCAUUUCUCUUCAGCUAUUUUCAAUUCAAAUUUGAGUUACUUCCGGGUUUCGUGUAUCCUGUGCGGUCACGUGAUGUGCGUGAUGACGUCAUGCAUUCCAGCUAUGCGUUCCACCUUUGUUUCGGCUGUCACUCAUAAUUACAAACUGAGAUGUUGAAAAAAAGUCCCAAAAAAGACUGUUUCUAAAUAGAAAUACAAGUGGGGGGAGUAUACAAAAGGGAAUGGAAAAGAGGUUAAAAAGAUGUUGCUAAUUUAAAGGUUUUUUGAAUAAUCUUUAUUUAUAAAAAAAACAAGUUAAAGAGAUAUUACUGAUUUGAAGAUUUCUGAACAAACUUUAUUUAUAAAAGACAAAACAGACACACUAGUAACCUGCGUUUCUUACAUUAAUACAUUUGUAUGUCAGUGUGCAUGAAUGCUCAACUACAUAAGACAACAUGCACACUGCAUAAUGUGAUAUGCACAAGCCAAGAUGUUCUAAAUAAUGCCAUAAAUGCAUUAAAAUGUUAAUUCUGCAAAAAAUAAAUAUAUAUAUAUAUAUAUAUAUAUAUAUAUAUAUAUAUAUAUAUAUAAAUUAUAAUAAAAAAAUAUGUAAUAAUAAAACAUGGUAGUUUAUCUACCUUCAACAGAAAAUCUGUAAUUUUAAAAUUAAGAUAUAUCUAAUACUACUGGAAGACCAAUUAUUUAUAGUUCCUUUUAUAUUCAAUGGUAGGAAAAAAUAGAAUAGAUUCUUGGCUUGUUCAAUGCCAAAAAACAUAUAGAGGGAUAUAUGACAAUAUACACCACCCAUAGAGAACAAAAGAAAAAGAAAAAGGAAAGAGAGCAGAGGAAAAAAAGAAUUACUCCAAAAAGCACCACAGAUCUAUGUCUGCAUUUAAUCCUCCUGGUUGGAGGGUUUUUAAUAUAUUGAUCCAAUACGUUUCUCGCUGUGCUAGUCGUUUAAUAAGGUUGCCAACCCUCCAAUGGUUGUCAAUUAUUUCUAGACCUAUAUAGUAGAAAUGUUUCCAACUAAAAUAAUAAUGAGAAUAAACCUUUAAACAGAAAGGAACGAUUUGUAUCACCUAAACGUAAUAGCAAUAGAGGAGAAAGGGGAUAGUCUCCACCCUUUUUUCACACUAAAGAUAGAAUGGGAAAAGCUUCAGGAAAUUCCCCCGUCCAGAAAUCUGGCAUCUCCACACAGAGACCUAGUACCUCUACUUACCAGAAAACAUAUGCAGAAAUAGCUAGUUCUGGUCGGGAGAAUUUUCAAGAGAGGGAAGAACGUUUUUUAGAGAGGGAGCUAGACCAAAAAGAAAGGCGAAUAACCCAGUUUUUCAAACCCCGCAACAACCAGUGGGAAAACAGAUUCUCCCCACUGGAAAGCCCCAUGGAAACUCCACCCAAAAGAAAGAGAGCAGAGGAAAACUUCCGGAGGGAGGAAAAUCCAAAAAGGAAUUAGAAAUAGAACUAGGCAUUUAUAAUUUAACAGAUAUAGAGCUAACUCCAGAUGAUCUAAAAGCCCUCAAAAAGGGUCUUAAAUUCGCACCCAAUCAAGGUAUGAAUUAUUUUAACACCUAUAUAGACUUACAAAAAUUUGUUUGAAAGAUGACUCUUAAAAGGUUCUUUCUAAAACAUCCAGCUAAAGAAAUUCCUAACCAAAUUUCACAGUCAGAGGAGAAAAAGUUUAAAAAGAGAUCACAUUUUUACCCCACCAGUCAGAAGGGCCAUCAUUUAGAAACCUUUAGCAAUAUGGUCUGUAGUGAUCUAGAACAACUAGAUCUACAGCAAAAAACUAAUAAAAAUAAGAAUAAAUUUAAUCUCACUAAAGGGGAAAAUGCUAGUAUUAAAAAAUUCCAAAAUAUGGAAAAUGUCAUCAUUAAAGAAGCGGAUAAGGGAGGGGCAAUAGUCCUAAUGACUAAAGACUAUUACCUAAAAGAGGCAGAUAGAAUCUUAGGGGACAAUAAAACGUAUUUAAAAUUAAAAUGUGAUCCUACAAUUCAGUUUAAUCAAGAACUUAAAACACUUCUAAAUCUGGCCGGUGAAAAAGAUGUAAUAUCUAAAAAAAACAUUGAGUAUCUUUAUGUCGACUUUCCUGUGAUCCCGAUUUCUAUUUUUUGCCCAAGUUACAUAAGAACCCUGUAGAGCCCCCAGGAAGACCCAUUAUAAGUGGAAUAGAUUCAGUUACAUCACGCCUUUCCGAAUUUAUAGAUUAUUAUUUACAAAAAUUUGCUCAACAAGCCCCCUCCUAUAUACGAGAUUCUUCUCAUAUUUUGGAGUUGAUGGCAAAUAAAGACUGGGAGGAAGAUUACAUUUGGGUAACGAUUGAUGUUACUUCGUUAUACACAAUAAUCAGACAUGAAUUGGGUAUUCAAGCAGUAGAGAAAAUCAUGAAGGAGGACAUUAAUACACCAAAUAAUUUGAGAAAUUUUGUAUUGGAUGGUAUUCACUUUAUUUUACACCAUGACUACUUUUCCUUUAACAAUGUUUUUUACCUUCAACAAACUGGCACAGCCAUGGGGACCAGGUUUGCCCCCAGCUAUGCCAACAUAUACAUGAGAGAUUGGGAGACCAACUCCGUGUGGAGGGGGCAUGGCUGGGUUGCAAACCUGGUCCUCUGGAAGCGUUUUAUAGAUGACGUUAUCCUAAUUUGGAAGGGAACUCAGAGUGAACUAGAAAAAUUCUUGAAUUAUAUUAACAUCAAUAAUUAUAAUUUAAAGUUCACACACACAUUUGAUACCAGAAGUAUAAAUUUUCUAGACAUUACAUUUUAUAUUAAAAAUAAUAAGGUUCAAUCAAAGUGUUACUUUAAAGAGACAGAAGGAAAUAGCUUUAUUCAUAAAAAGAGCUGCCAUCACGAACAUUGGCUAAAUUCUAUACCUAAAAGCCAAUUAAUUUGAAUCAAAAGAAACUCUACCAACAAUUAUGAUUAUAAGGAACAAGCUAAACAUUUAUGCAAUAAACUUAUGUCCAAAAAAUAUGAAAGAAGUGUACUAGACAAGGAAAUUAAGGACACAGGAAGAUUAGACAGAAAGGAUCUUAUUAAAAAGAAGAAAAGAGUCAAAGAUAAGGGGGAAAAUUUUAAAUAUGCAUUUAUUACCCAGUAUAAUACCCAACAUCGAAAGAUUAGAAAUAUUCUGAAUAAGCACUGGGGCAUCUUGCUUAAAGAUCCAAUUUUAGGAGAGACAUUACCCAAACAGCCACCUAUGAUUUUUAGGAAAGCAAAAAAUUUGAAAAGUUUAUUGGCUCUUAGCUAUGCCUUAAAAAAUAAACCUGAAAACAAGAAAAGUGGAAUAAAGGGUUUCAGCUCAUGUAAUCAUUGUAAAGCCUGUUUGACACAGAGGCUUUUGAAAGUAACAAAGUUUAAAAGUACAGUUACAGGUAGAGAAUUUAAUAUCAAGACUAAUAUAAACUGUGAUAGUAAAAAUGUAAUAUAUUUGCUACACUGCCCCUGUGGAAAGCAAUACGUGGGACGUACGUGUAGAAAACUUAAAGAACGAAUUUUAGAACAUAAAAAUAUUAGAAAAAAAUAUGAUAAACAUUUGGUUCCCAUGCAUUGUAAUUCAUGUCUUAAUUUUAGUUGGAAACAUUUCUACUAUAUAGGUCUAGAAAUAAUUGACAACCAUUGGAGGGGUGGCAACCUUAUUAAACGACUAGCACAGCGAGAAACGUAUUGGAUCAAUAUAUUAAAAACCCUCCAACCAGGAGGAUUAAAUGCAGACAUAGAUCUGUGGUGCUUUUUGGAGUAAUUCUUUUUUUCCUCUGCUCUCUUUCCUUUUUCUUUUUCUUUUGUUCUCUAUGGGUGGUGUAUAUUGUCAUAUAUCCCUCUAUAUGUUUUUUGGCAUUGAACAAGCCAAGAAUCUAUUCUAUUUUUUCCUACCAUUGAAUAUAAAAGGAACUAUAAAUUGGUCUUCCAGUAGUAUUAGAUAUAUCUUAAUUUUAAAAUUACAGAUUUUCUGUUGAAGGUAGAUAAACUACCAUGUUUUAUUAUUACAUAUUUUUUUAUUAUAAUUUUUAUAUAUAUAUAUAUAUAUAUAUAUUUAUUUAUUUUUUGCAGAAUUAACAUUUUAAUGCAUUUAUGGCAUUAUUUAGAACAUCUUGGCUUGUGCAUAUCACAUUAUGCAGUGUGCAUGUUGUCUUAUGUAGUUGAGCAUUCAUGCACACUGACAUACAAAUGUAUUAAUGUAAGAAACGCAGGUUACUAGUGUGUCUGUUUUGUCUUUUAUAAAUAAAGUUUGUUCAGAAAUCUUCAAAUCAGUAAUAUCUCUUUAACCUGUUUUUUAUAAAUAAAGAUUAUUCAAAAAACCUUUAAAUUAGCAAUAUCUUUUUAACCUCUUUUCCAUUCCCUUUUGUAUACUCCCCCCACUUGUAUUUCUAUUUAGAAACAGUCUUUUUUGGGACUUUUUUUCAACAUCUCAGUUUGUAAUUAUGAGUGACAGCCGAAACAAAGGUGGAACGCAUAGCUGGAAUGCAUGACGUCAUCACGCACAUCACGUGACCGCACAGGAUACACGAAACCCGGAAGUAACUCAAAUUUGAAUUGAAAAUAGCUGAAGAGAAAUGGAAUCACCUGCAGAACCACUAUUGGGACUGAUUGGGGGUGGUAUAUAUUGGGAAAUGUUUGUAACUAGGUUUAUAUGUAUUUUUAUUCAUCAUCUUUGUGAAAGAUUGUCCCUGAGGAAGUCCCUAACAGGGAAGAAACACGUUGGACUGAUUUACCUGCUUUUAUUUACUUUGAUGUAAGUAAUAAAUGCUUUUUUUACUCUUUACUCAAACAGUCAUUCAAUCUAUAUUUUUUGCACUUUGUUUUUUAUGUGAGAUUCACAUUUACCAAGUAUCUGAGGCAAAGAAGACACAGCAUAUUUCUGAAAGCACUUCUUGGGAUGUUAAAGUGUGAGUGAGCAUUUGUCACUUACCCAUAUAUCCAAUCACAGUAUAUACAGUAUUGCACUAUGCCAUAUAUUUUCUGUUUCCCUAGCUUGGAAUAGCCCUAUACUAUAUGCAUAUUUAUACUUAAUGCAUGUUUAUAAUGUUUUUAACUUUAUAAAGUUUAAUGAGAAAACAAUAAAGUAAAUUGAAAUUACCUUUACUAGUGGUUAAUGAGAUCCUUGAGGUUGAUGCUGCAAGACUAAAUAUUUGAUAUCUGGUUCGAUUUUCGUAAGGAACAAACGAAGGUCUCCUCUUUCAGUGAUAUUCAGACGACUUAUCUGUUUGCGCAUAAUAUGAUUUCUCAUCUGUGCGUCAGCUCCUCUCCUCUCCCUCCUCAAUUCCCCUCCCCACCUUCCCACCCCCCCCCUUUUUUUUUAAAAAUUUAACCUUCCUUAUAUCAAUUCCCAGUAGGAAGGCUGAGCUAGGUAUCCCACUUACUAUAGCCCACUAUAACAGACAGGCACACAUACAUACAUACAUACAUACAUACAUACAUACAUACAUACAUACAAACAGACAGGCACACAUACAUAAACACACACAGACAUGCAUACAGACACACACAUACAAAGACACACACAUAAGACAUACAAACAAAGACACAUACAGACAGACACACAUACAAAGACACUCGCACAACACAUACAUACAAAGACACAAGACACAUAUAAAGACACACACAUACAUACACACAUACAGACAUACACACAGACACACACACACAAGACAUACAUACAAAGACACAUACACAAACAAACACACAGAAAAUAUUUGUCACCCUCCUGUUUCCUACCUUUUAGGUGCAGGAGGGUGACAUUCCCUGGGGUCCAGUGGCGGCUCAGGUGGAUGGGAGUCAGAGUUCCCACUCUGACUCCCUGGUCGUCUUCCUGCGCGGCUCUCAGUGUAAGCUGGGAGGAGUGACGUGCAGUCACUUCCUCCCAGCGUGUGAUGUAAUCACAGGGGGCCCGGUCGUGCUGUUAAAGCGCUCAGCGCUGACCGAGCCCCCUCACAAUCCACAUCCAUCGGGUAGCCCUGACAGCAUGGGCCACCAGAUGGACCCCUUGAUAUGCGGGCCGGAGCCGCAAGUGGUGAUGGAGGUACCCAGUCGCAGGGGUACUGCCGACUCGCACCCGCCCGCCCAGUCUCUCAAAAUUAGAAAAUCCCUACCGCCCACUAGUGGGCGGUAGGGACCAGGUUGACGACCCAUGAUCUAGACAAUUACUUAUCUAGACCAUUUAAAAUGGAAGUGAUUUGUUUUAAUGGGUAUGGGUAGCAGUGUGACUGGGAACCAUAAAUGGGUAAUUGGUUCAUACUUAUUAAAAAGUACUUGGGUCAUGGUGCCUGAAUAAGCCAACACUAUCAAGUCUGGUAAAUCCCACUGUAGUGCAGGUUUUGAGCAGAGUUGUUGAUGCUUGCAUGUAUGUGUUGUGUUUGAAUUUAUGUUUCUAUUGGCGGCUAUUACCAUGUGUUUCCCUACUGAUUGUGUUUCUUCUAUAUUGCCUCCACACGUCCUGUACUUUCAUUUUACCAAAUAGUUGUUUUUUUGGGAAUAAUAAAUUCUAUUGUGUGUGUGUGUGUGUGUGUGUGUGUGUGUGUGUGUGUGUGUGUGUGUGUGUGUGUGUGUGUGUUCGUGUGUGUGUGUAUACACACACAUAUAUAUAAUAUUUCCACACAUAUAUUUUAUUUCUUUUUUUCCCUUCAGAUUAGAGGCAGUGCUUUACUACUGGGAUUUCAUCACCUGGAGAGAAAAAACAGGCAGGCAAUCUCCCAAACUUUUCAAGAACCUCCCCUAAUUAACCGUUGCCCUUAUAAAUUGCUUCCUACCCAAGACAUCCCCAGUUCUUUGCCUGCCUCCGGCAGAGGAGGGUGUCAGGUUCAGGUUUUCUCCCUAGAAGUAUGGUGAGAGGGCUGAGGCUUUGGAGGCUCUACUUCUUUUAAAUAAACUUUUCAGAGAUCGGCCAGGGAUAUCACACCAGACGGCUGUAUCUCCCCGGGUUGUAUUACUUCCGUCUAUACCGAGCCAGGUGCCGGGCAGACGAUGGUGUCCAUUUGGGCACUAGCUGGGAAGUCCUGGCGGUGGAACACUCGUACAGGUUACGUUUAUUUCCACCGUGGAAUCGCGAAAUGCAGGACAUGCGUAAUGCGAUUUAAAAUUCAAGCACCAAUAUCUUUAAUAUUUUUUCUUUCCGGGGUCAAGAUAUUGGUUUCCAGGACUUAGAGAGGCUGUUUACCCAGCAGCAACUAACUGUUGCCAGGUGCACUCAGAAUCUGUUGCAAGUGUGUUCUCACCAACCUCCAGCACACUCUGAGGACAUUUAAGGUAAGCCUUUUGCUUUUAUCUUAAAUGACUCUAGCCUGAAUAAGUUGGUUAAUUAUCUGUGCUGCAAGAUGGAUAAGCUAAAAAAGUGCAAAUGUUUCUAAGUUGGAGAGGUUUUUAGCUUCUCAUCACUUUAAGAUUAUUACUAAUAUCUUAAAACAAAUAGUGCUUUGAAAGUGUAAGCACUUAGUAGAUCGGGCCCAAAAUAGAUUAUUCUUUGAGUAAAGCCUAUAAAGGGUAUUAGAUAAGCAUAUACUUUAACUUAAUUCUAUUUGGAAAAUGUAAGUUUCCUUUCUGGCUCAAAAUAGCUGCUACAUAGUGAUUAGUUAAUAUGGGUUUCAGAAAUCACUAGUUGCUGCAACAGGGUCAACAAUUAAAGAGAAGUGUUUGGUGGAAUAUAUUCACAGGGGCAAGACCCGUAUGACUAUUGGAGGAUUAUCCUCUGUAUGUUAUCCUUAGGAGGCUGAUAUUUAAAAUCUGGUUUUGGUUAAGUUAAUAUACUGUUGUAGCAUGUGGAUUCUUUAAAUGCCAGGAUCCUAGCCGCAGUGCUUAUUUUCUUAAACAGGCAGUAGGCUUUUAGCAAUUGCUGUAGACAAAUCUCUGUUGCAAUUAGCAUUCUCACCACCUCAGCUAGUUUCACCUGAUAUCAGUUUCUAAAAAGGCAGUCUGUUUUUCAGUUGCGGCAGAACCUUUCCUGUGCUUCACUCCAUGGUUGCACAUUUUAUUUUUAUUAUCUUCAAUUCCAAGUCCUAUGUUGUCAGAUAGGUUUGAGCUAACUGACUGUUGGAAUGGAAAAUUUAAAGAAAAUACUUCCUAAUAUUGUUUCCUGCAGUGUUUGCAUCAAACAGGUUUUAAAUUUUAGGCCUGGAUCAUGGGUAUUGUCUUAUGCAGACUGUAUAUCUAUGUAAUCAGUCUUGCUUCCGCCAAUAAAGAUGGUAACCUGUAUGAACUAGUCUCCAUGGGAAAUUAUUUCUUUCUCAUGUUACUGGGCUUGAAGCAAGUUCUAGUACAGCUGCAGGCCUAUUGAUCAAGGUGUAGUUCCACCAAGUUCAAUUUGUUCCCUGCACUGCAAUAGAUACGAUAUGACUGGGAUGGUUUACUGCCUAGGUUUGUUUGCAGUUUUCUUUUAAGAAAAAGCUUAUGGCAAUUGCCACUUGAGAUGCUCUCACUAUGAAAAAUGUUGCCAUCCAUAAAUUUCUUGAAUCUCUACAAUACUGCUUCCUCAGGGGCACCUAAUUAAUUUUUGUACACCAGCCCUAAAGGUUAGGAUGUUUCUACAGCAUACAGGUGGAUGCUGAUCAAUAUUCUGAUAAAGAAUUCCCUUUUCAAAAAGUGUGCAGUUCUGGUGUUUGUCAAGGAACAGUUCAGGUGUAAAUAUUUUGACAACGGUUUUUGACUCUCAGAGAAUGGUAAUUCCCUGAAGAAAAAGUUUGUGGUUCUCUCUCUGUCCUUAUCACCUGAAAUCUCUCUUCUACUUCAGUAGACAAGAUACUAGGGAAAUAAUAUUGGUUCCCGUCUUGUAAGAACCUGCUUGGUCUCUUGAGCUUCUUUAGGCAUAGCACUGUUUACAGGUCCUUCAGUGGCCAGAUACAGUUGCUAAUAAGAUUUUGCAGUAAAAUCCUAUACUUCGGUCAUUCCUUUCUGAACCAGGCAGAAAUGAAGGAUGCCAGAUGGUUCUUACUUUUCGUUCUAGUUCUCAAAUCGAUCGUUCAGAAUUUUACGACUGAUGCUUCAGGUCUCAGCUAGGUUCUCAUAGGGUUGAAGGGAAAUUAGCUGAGAAUUUGUAAAAACUUAUCCAACUACAUAGGACCGAAGGCUAUCUGGCUAGCUCGCUUUGCCUUUCAGAUAAAGACCAGGUAUUAUCUUAUCCAGAUCUGGUCAGAUAGUUCUACAUUGGUAGCAAUUACGUACAAACAAGGUCAUCUUGUUUGAAAAAUCUUGUUCCAGGAUAUGCUUGGGUUAGUUUUUCUUAGGUCUUUUCACUUAUGCAUAGAACUUAAUAUUCCUCUGUUUAGCUGUAGCAUUGAGUAGUCAACAUUUAAUACAAAGCAGAUUGGUUCAUACUCCCUGAUCUUCACCUAAACGAUAGGAAGAAUUUGAUUAUCCAGUUAUGGAACUAGGACUUCUAGAUCAGAUAGCAUGAAGUGUUUCAUUGGACAAGCUUGGACAGACCAGUAAGCUUUGGUUUCCUUUUCUUUCUUGGGAAUUCCAGUCUAACCUAUAGUUUCCUCCUGGUUCCCUAUUCCCCAAGAUCCUAUAGGAUGGAGAAGGUGAGAAUGAUAGUCUUCCUCCCUUGGUGGCAAGUGGCUGUUUCACCGUUCAUCAAAAAUAAUCCGGAGGAAUCUUUGGGGACCUUACCUGUAAAUAGGCAUCCUGUAAUUCUCAAGGGUACCGCUUCUCAAAUUUGUUGUAAUUCAAGCUGACGACCUGGUUUAUGUAUACCAGAUACUGAAGGAUAAUGUUUUCUCAGGAAAUUAUUGACAAUUUCUUUUACUAUAAAUGGAUCUUGUUCCAAGAUUUAUUCCAAGUAUGGAAGGUGUUGGUUUUUUUGUUUUGUUUUUUUUUAAGAUAUUGGUUCAUAGAAAAGCAGGCAUCCGCUUCCAAGUUUUAACCUUUUUUUUUCUUUGGAUGGGCUGUGCAGAAGGUUUAAAGCCAGAGAUCCUCAAGGUCAAAUUUCGGUUAUCAGUUGAUUUUCAGAGGUUUGUCUCCAAAUCACCAGUAUCUGCUAGGCUCUUUCGUGGUUAGUUCCUAUCGUCAGGGAAAUUUUUCCGCAGGGGAUCUUCUUUUGGGGUUUUUUACUCUGCUGAUUUGAGUCUUCACUCUAGGUCUUUGGGGGUAGUCGCCCAAGUUUCCAUUUUCAGCAGGAGAAAGUGGAGUUACGUUGGAUUCUUUAAUUCUUCCCAAUCUUCCAUGUAACAUUAUUUUUCUAUCUUUUCCCAACAACGUUCUAGGGUCUUGGAAUUCUAAUUCCAUUGCCUGGGCGUUUAGUUCUCGUCUACGUUACCUUUUAAGGUCUGUAUUCGUUAGGGUUUUUUCUUAUCUAACACCUAUCUCCAUUGAAGCUCCUUCGAUCAGUUGUGUUCAGAUUAGUUGCCUGAGGGCUUCUGCUAUACAUUCUCUCAAAUUCCUAACAACCACAAGGUGAUCUCUUCACUCAUUUUGGUCUAUUGACCUUGGAAGAUACAACUUUGGUCGCAGUUUUUUUGCAGUGAGAUUUGAGUCCCGCCCUAAGGGAUUGCUUUUGGAUAUCCCAGUUGUAAAGCACUGCCUCUAAUCUGAAGGGGAAAACAAAAUUUUGUACUUACCGUAAAUUUCUUUUUGCAGAAGAUUAGAGGCAGUGCUCACUUCCUCCCCCUCCCCCAAAUUUUUUUAUAGUCUGAGUGGUACGAUUAUUUGGCUUUUGUAAUUUUCUCGGUCUUUGGUAGGAAGCAAUUUAUAAGUCCAAAGGUUAAUUGGGGGAGGUUCUUGAAAAGUUUGGGAGUUUGCCUGCCUGUUUUUUCCCUCCAGGUGAUGAAAUCCCAGUGGCAAAGCACUGCCUCUAGUCUUCUGGAAAAAGAAAUUUACGGUAAGUACAAAUUUGUUUUUUAAUGCAGCUAGGACCAGCCAGACUGCAAGACUCUUUGUCAGUUGUUAAUAUCUCCAUUUUUUAAUAUCCCCUAUCACAGGCAGCAAGCUUAAUGCAAGAUCCACAAAUACAGCAUAUGUGAGUAUCUCUAUAAUGCACAAGAAUAAUUUCUUUACUAUAAUCAGGUAAUUUAAUUAUACAUCUGAUGCAGCAGCAGAUUUUUCACGAAUACCAAACGAUCGCUUAAAGGUAUACUAUAGGCACCAAAACAGCUUUAGCUAAUGAAGCCAUUUAACCCCUUAAGGACCUGACUGUUUUUGCGAUGUUUUACAUUUGUUACCAGGCAUCUUUUUACACUUUUGUGGUGUUUGUGUUUAGCUGUAAUUUUCCGCGCUCUCAUUUACUGUUCCCAUACAAAUUAUAUAUUGGUUUUUUUCAGGACAAAAUGGGCUUUCUUUACAUACCAUUAUUUAUAUAAUCUCAUGUAAUUUAAUUUUAAAAAAAAUUACAAAAUAUGAUGAAAAAUUGAAAAAAAUAAAAAUUUUUUACUUUUACUUGAAAAAUCUUCUACUCAUCUACAAAAGCGAAUGAAAAAAAACUGCUAAAUAGAUUCAAAAUUUUGUCCUGAGUUUAAAAAUACCCGGUGUUUACAUGCUUUUUUGCUAUUUUUUUGGCAUGUUAUAGGGCUAUAAGUACAAGUAGGAUAUUGCGGUUUCAAAACAUACAUUUUUAAAAUUUAUCAAUAGUGACAUUGUAACACUAUUAUCUGUCAUAAAUCUCUGAAUAACACACCACAUGUACAUAUAUAUAUUUUUUUAAAGUAGACAACCCAGGGUAUUCAAUGUGGGGUAUGUCCAGACAUUUUUAGUAGCCACUUAGUCGCAAACACUGGCCAAAGUUAGCGUUCAUAUUUGUUUGUGUGUGAAAAAAGUAAAAAACUAAAUUGAACGCUAAUUUUGGCCAGUGUUUGUGACUAAGUGGUUACUAAAAAAGACUGGACAUACCCCAUUUGCAAUACCUUGGGUUGUCUUCUUUUGCAAAUGGUAUGCCAUCAUGGGGGUAAUUCUCAUUCCUGGGCUACCAUACGCUCUCAAAGGCAACGUAACCAACCUGGCCAUUUUUAAUGUAAAAAUAUUUGACCCAUAUAGUUGACCCGGUAACUUUCAAAAACGCUAUAAAACCUGUACAUGGGGAGUACUGUUAUACUCAGGAGACUUUGGUGAACACAAAUAUUAGUGUUUCAAAACUGGAAAACGUAUCACAACAAUUAUAUCAUCAGUAAAAGUGCUGUUUGUGUGUGACAAAUGCAAAAAAAGUCACUUUCACUGACAAUAUCAUCGCUGUGAUAUGUUUUACUGUUUUGAAUCACUAAUAUUUGUGUUCAGCGAAGUCUCCCGAAUAAAACAGUACCCCCCAUGUAUAGGUUUUAGGGUGUCGUAGAACGUUACAGGGUAAAAUAUAGUGCUAGCAAAUUAAAUUCUCUGGACUUUCGGCCUGGGUUGGCAGGUAGGUCCCUCAAAUUGCAAUCAAUAAAAUUACUUAAUUAUGUAAAAAUAUUACAUAAAUACGCACGUAGAAUUUAAAUAUAUAAGCAUAUUUAUAUAUUUGAAGUCUACGUGUAUAUUUAUAUAAUUAUGUAAUUUUGUAUAUGGACAUAUGUAUAUUUCGUAUUAUUUUUAUUUAUAUAUAUAUAUAUAUAUAUAUAUAUAUAUACAUAGAUACACUUAGAAUGAAAUUAUAUAUAUAUCUAUGUAUAUAUAAAUAAAAAUAAUACGAAAUAUAAAUGUAUAUAUUAAUAUCAAAAUACAGUUAGAAUAAAAUUUCAUAUAGAUAUAUAAUUUCAAAAAAAAAUAUUUUUACAUUUUUUUUUAUUUAAAUUAUUUAUUUGUUAUAUAUAUAUAUAUGAUAUAUUUUAAUUAUGUGUAUUUUUAUAUUAAUAUAUGUACAUAUUAUUAUAAAAAUACACUUAGUAUGACAUAUAUAUAGAUAUAUAUAUAUAUAGACAUAUUAUACAGAUAUAAUAAAUAUGUAUGUAUAUCAUAUUUAUAUAAACAUAUAAUUUUUUUUUUAAUUAACAUUAACUUUUAUUUUUAUUUUUUAUUUUACACUAGCAGGGAGACUGCCUGUCAGCACAGACAGUCCCCCUGCAGGCAGACACCUAUUGUGACCAUGUGAUCGCUGUGUUGAGCGAUCACAUGGCCCCAGGGGUCCUAAUCCGCCAUGGGGAGACUGUCUGGGCUGCAGGCAGUCUCCCCACACCGGGAGCAACACCGAUCGCCGCCGGGGGAACGAUGGCGAUCGGGUAAGUACAUAAGACCGUUAGGACGGUUCAAGACAGUCACCGGUCAGCAAUGCAAAAAUACCGAUGACGGUCCUGAACCAUCCUCUGUCCUUAAGGGGUUAAGAGUUGUCAUUUGUCUUUCUAUUUAUGCAGCCCUAGCCACACCUCCUUGCAUGUGACCUACACAGCCUUCCUAAACACUUCCUGUUAAAGAGAGAUCUAAUGUUUAAACUUCCUUUAUUGCAAAUUCUGUUUAAUUUAGAAUUUCUUAUCUCCUGCUCUGUUAGUAGCCUUCUAGAAUCUGCAGGCGCCUCGUGUGUGUGUGUGUGAGAUUAAAGUUUCAGAGCAUGAGAUAAAAAUGUGUAAAGUAAGUUUAAAAUAUUACUAAAAAGGGGGGCAUGGUCUGAUUGAAUAGCGCCGGAUGCCUAGAAUUUUAGCUCCUCUGGACAUUCUACAUGGCGAACAAAUCUAAAAACAACAAAGUUAAACUGAUGUCUUUAUGGAGAGCAAAAAACGGGUCGCAAGAGUAUUCUGAGAACGGACAGCAGCUGACAUAGCCUGCCCUUCGUUGGGUCCCCGCUCAGAACUCAAGCUGGUUUUAGCUCAUCUUGUGCCAUUACUGAGAGAACAUUUCUGAAACAUAUCAGACUGGUCCCACCCAUAUGGGCAGUCCAGAUCCGAAAUGCCAACAAGUUCUUUCUGCACGAGAGAUACAGCAACCCCAGACGGUCGUUUCAGCCUUGUUUGGCAUCAUCAGUGAGGCGUAGCUGAUAUCUCUCUAGGCACUUUGAGCAAGGGGUCCACGUCUGGAUUACCCUUUAAACUUAUGGAGAGCAAAAAACGGGUCGCAAGAAUAUUCUGAGAACGGACAGCAGCUGAAAUAGCCUCCCCUUCGGUGUUGAUGCCUAACAAGGUUGAAACGAUCGUCUGGGGUUGCUGUAUCUCUCGUGCAGAGAGAACUUGCUGGCAUUUCGGAUUUGGACUGCCCGUAUGGGUGGGACCAGUCUGAUAUGCUUCAGAUAUGUUCUCUCUGUAAUGGCACAAGAUGAGCUAAAACCAGCUUGAGUUCUGAGCGGGGACCCACCGAAGGGCAGGCUAUUUCAGCUGCUGUCCGUUCUCAGAAUACUCUUGCAACCCGUUUUUUGCUCUCCAAACUGAGACUCUUUCUCCACCGCAUGUCAGAAGCCAAGAUGAUGCAGAGAAGCCCUCUUUACCAGCAACUGGCUCAGACAGGAGUGGCAUAACUUCAGUAUCUCGACAACAAUCGGCACAAGCUUGUCAGGAAUGUUCGGGGAUCCUACACUCAGAAUGCAAAUACUAGUAAUGUAUACUGGACCUUAGGAUGGCCGGACUAACACUACACACACAAAGAAUAGUCAAUAGCGAGCCAAGGUCAGGGGUACCAGAAAUCAGGAUCAGUGAUAAUGCAAAAGCCGAGGUCAAAGGGACACAGAAGGGGGAACAGUCAAACGAAGCCAAAGUCAGAAUACAAGAAUACCAAUACGAGAUACGCGCUCUUGUGUCUAUCAAGAACCACAACAGGGCAAUGAGUCUCUCCCUGGUUUCUCGUUAAAUACCUUGUUCAAUUAGGUAGGUAGGUAGCCACGCCCCCAAUAUGUUCUCGUUCGAACACCUUGGCGGGCUGUGGUGUUCUUAGCGUCAUGACGUCAGUGCUAGUUAGCCGCAUCAUAAAAGGAGGCAGGGUUAUCGUGGCUGGCGUGAGAAUCGCUGGGGACAAGCUGAAUGGGGGACAAGUUGGUAGGAGUGUCCUCAAUACCCUGCAAUGUGAUGCCAGCCUGUGACAUGCCCCUGACUGAUACACAAGGUAACCUGACAAAGCUACUAAAACAUCCAUGCAAAGAAUGCUCAAUGAUGUGCAGAUGACUCAAAAGAGCAAAUUUCCACCAAUUGGCCAAAGAUGUCAGGAUGUAUAUCCAGGCAUUAAAGGGAUACUAUAGGCACACAGAUCAGUUCAUUGAAGUAGUAUGGGUGCACAGUCUCAUUCCCCUUAACCCUGCAAUUGUAAUUAUCGCAGUUACUAAUAAACUAAUAAUUACCUUGCAGGGUUAAUAAUUACCUUGCAGGGCUACCAGACCACCACUAGAGGCACUUCCGGGUGGUUAGAUGACUUUUGGUCCCCUACCUGACGUUGGACUUCCUCAUGCCCUGCAUGAGGAUAACCAGUGUCCUCUAGUACCCCAUAGGAAAACAUUGAAAAAUAGUCCUACUGCAAUUGCAUGUGCUUUAGGUCUUCUGGCCGCUGACGGUGGAGGAGCAGAGGCAGAGCUGGAUCCAUUGGGGAGGGGCAUCGGUGGGGGCAUUGAUAUAGUGCUGGGAAAACAACUUUGUCUUCCUUGCACUAUAGUUUCCCAUUAACCCCUUAAGGACCAAACUUCUGGAAUAAAAGGGAAUCAUGACAUGUCACACAUGUCGUGUCCUUAAGGGGUUAAGGGAGCAAACUGCUCAUCUAGAGACCAUGACUGCUUAGAGAAUAGAUCUGCAUAAUACCUUGUCGGAUGCCUACAAAUAUUAGAUAACAAGCUACUGAAGCUCAAGGCUACAAUAGCAGACUGUGAAGACAGAGCUAGGCAUAACAAUAUCCACCUGAGGAGCAUUUCGGAGAAAAUAAAACUGUUCCUACCAAAGUUUGUAUGUCAUCAGUUUCAGGCCUUGAUACCUGAAUCUCUUCUCAGGAGCAACUAGUAGACAGGGUCCACUGUAUUACCAACCUAAGGUACACACCAGCAUCGAACCCUGGGUUCAUUUUUACUGAAAUAAUAUCAAAUAUUUUUCCAACCUUUCAAACAGUGGGACUAGUAAUUUGGAGAAAUUGAAUGGAUAAACCAGUGUCCGCCGCUAAAGAGAGGUACGAGCUUUUGUCCAUGUGGAACAUAAAGGUUCUACAAAAUGACCAGAAAGCAGCCUCAUGCAUUGUUAGAAGAAAGCAGGGGAUACCACUGAAGGACUAUAAAGUCCCCUGUCUGAGGUUUUUUUUUGUUUGUUUUUUUACUCGUUUGUCUCCCUCACAUUUUAUGUUUUUCUUUGUGCUACCAUGUGUUUUGAAGACCGUGAGACAGGCAACUGUCUCAACACUAGGUACUAGCUGUGCAGUUGUCUCAAGUUGCUACUUGGCACUCAUAGAGGGGUAAAAACAUGAGACCCAAUGUGGGCUAUAAGUUUUAAUUCUGUUUCUUCUGUUCAUUUAUUAGAACCCACUGUACAAAAGUCUAGCAUACAUGCUAACCCUAAGAUAGCUCUAUGGAAGAGCUCAAAACAAUUUGUAUGUUGCACUACAUGUGGUUGUUACGCUUUUACUAUACCACAGGGCAAUUGUGUAUAUAUAUUUUUUGUGUGUGUGUGUGUAUUUUAUUUUCCUUUUUCUUAUUCUUUUCCUUUAUACACAAUGCAUUUGACUUUUUCUUACUCAUUAAGUGCAUAAGUAUGUGACCAAAUCCAUUCACAACCACAGAACAAAAACAUCAAGUGCCUUGGGUUAUACAAUAUAUACAGAAACUCCUAGGUUCUACUGGCCAUUUUUACAUACUGUUGCCUCAAAAUAUUCUUAGAACCUUUAGAGAUGAUGGGCCUCAUACCAACAUCUGGGAUCCACAUCCAUGUGAUACAGAGACAAAUUGUCCUAUUGACCUGUAUAAUGCAGCAGCUAUUAAUCCUUUUUCUAUGUCUGUUGGCCAUUCAGAAAGAUAUGGACAAACUAUAGAAUACCAGCCAAAAAAACAAAACAAAUUAAAAACAAAAAAAAAUUAAAACAACUUUAAAUUAGCUAAGCUUAUGUUUGCUUAUUCCCUGUAAUGCAUGUAUGCCAGUUGAAGGUCCCACAUAUUUUGGAAGUAAAGCUAUGUAGUCCAUUGUGGGAUUUUUGCAUUUGUUUGGAAACAUUCUACAGGUAACACAUCUCUCGUGGUGAUUCCCGUAUUGAGAGGGGGAGAGAGAUGUACUUACCUGAACCUCGCUCUAAUUGGAGGCUCCAUGUUCUGCAUGAGCUAUUCAUAGUCCCUACUUUGUUUUGCAUAUAUCUUCUUAUUGCAUUAUAUUUUUUCUAAUGAUUUACUACAGUCCCCCCCUCCCCCUCCCACUUUCCCAUAACAAUAAAGACAUACAUUAUAAAAUACACCAACUUCAGGUUUUUCCCACAAAGUAUCCAGAUCCAUUAGCGCUCCUUUGGGAUAAGAUUCAAAGUUAUCCAGCAUAAAUGCAUGGCUGGAAAUUCUUCAACAAUUGUGUAAUGUAUUGCUACCAAGUCUGCAUGGACCAUAAUCCACACAAGAAUGCAUCCAGAAUUGUGCAGUAAAGAACUCUAGUACCAGGUAGAAUCCUCUCUCUGCUACAAUAAAUACUAGACAGGUGUCUCUAACAAGGUUGCCACAAAGUAUAUUUUUGUUGCGUUCCAUAUAAUGGAAAAGAGAACGUUGUGGAAGAUUUGGAUGUCUUCAAUAACUGAUUUUAAAAAAUUUCCUUCGGUCUGUCCAAGGAACCCCUGUUGAGUGCUACUCAUGUCAUGUUAAGGGCAUGUGUGCAAAAUCACUUUGUUUUUUAGUAUUCAAAUUGGUUUAUUCCAUCAACUACGUAUUGUAGGGCAUUGCGUUUUCAGUUUGGAUUAAAAAUUUAAAAUUCACUUUGAAUUCCUAGUAAUAGACACUUGAGUGCAUAAGUCUUCUUAUCAAUAGUUGAGUUUUGUAUUUUUUUUCCGCAUGCAAAUAAUUUUAGCGCCCUCUAGUGACUGAUGAACUUACUGAUUUUUUUAUUUUUUAUUUUAUAUUUUAAAUCCUCCAUAAAUCAUUAUUAUUUAUAUAGCGCCAUCAGAUUCCAUAGCGCUGUACAAUGGGUGGACUAACAGACAUAUAGUUGUAACCAGACAAUUGGACAUACAGGAACAGAGAGGUGGAGGGCCUGCUCAAUGAGCUUACAUUCUAAAGGGAGUGGGGUAUAGUGACACAAAGGGUAAAAGUAGGGGUAUGAAGUAGGCUGUUAGAAAAGUAUUCACUGAGGGCUUCAUAGGUAAUUUUUGACAGUUGGAAAAGAGGAGUCAUGGGGGGUGGGGGAUAAAAACCUGCUAACAGUUUAAUUGAUAUGCUUUCUUGAAGAAAUUAGUUUUCAAUGAUAAGAUCUGUUUACUGAUUUUGAAGUCUUAAUCCAUUAAUUUUCAAAAUCUGUCUUGUAAUUUUUCCCCCAAAAAUGAAUAUAAAUUAAAGGGAUACUGUUCGCACAAAACCACUUCAUCUUAAUGGCCUAUCACAGUUUUCUGCCUAUGUAAAACAUUAUCAUUUCCACUAAAAGCACUUCCUCGUUGAAGACUUUUGAUUUUCAAAGGUGAUCUCAUUCAGCUUCAUCAUGCACGAUAUGAGGACGCGAAAUGCCUCCAAUUAUUCUCGUAAAGAAACAUUGGAUUCAGUGCUUCUCUGUGACCAGAAUUGGACUGGCAGAGUUGAAAACCAUUCUAGAAAUCUGUUGAAUUCGUUUUCUUUUUCCCCAAGUGUGGUUUUUUUUUUGGGGGGGGGGGUUUCCCAAAAUUUGCAAAUCUGUUCUGCAAAAUGCGUUGUAAAGUGAUCUACCUGUGCAAAAUAAGGGUAAACAGACAUGUACGCACAGUGAAGCUGUUAGGGAUUUUUAAUGUUGAAGAUAUGAAGCAGAGUGGUUUUUCAUGGAAGUUGGAAUCAACUGAGAACUCAUAUGUCACCUCCGCAUAAUGCAUGGUCACAAUACUUAUUCAUUCGAUACAAACCCUGCACUGCCUGUUCUGAUAAUGUAGGUGAUCUGACUGCACAUGUCUGCACUAACACUGCUAGUACAGAGUUUGUAUCUAAUGUAGUGUAAUCUGAUUGCUCAGUGCAAGGACAAGUUCAGAAAAGAUUGGAGUAACAUUAUUUAUGUGUUUAUGUUGCAGGAUGUCAGGAAUGAUGUCCAAUGCCGCAGGCGGUCCAGCAGCUGGUGUUGGGGGAUUAACUGAUCUUUCAAGUCUCAUACAAGCGUAAGUAUGUUCUUCCAACAUAGAAACAUUUAUUGGAAUAAUCCCUGGGUCUUCAUCAGUUAAAAAAAAAUAAAAAAAAGCAAUAUUGUAAAAUGAUGUACAAUUAAAUAUGCUCACAUUACUAUGGGGGGAAAAUCUGGUAUAUAUUGAGAUUUUAGGCUAUUGAAUUAUAGAAAGAUGUAUAAAAAUACAGCAGCAAGCAGAAUGAUAUUAAAUACGUAUUUGUUAUUAGCCAUUCAUUCACAGAACUUGAAAUGCAGUGUUCCGAGACAGUAAAGGUAAGCAGAAAGAUAGGUAACACUACAGGGAAUAGAAUUACAAAUACGUUCUAGCCCCAAAAUGGGCCCUAACUUCAAAAAUUGACUAAAUGGAAAAACAUUGCUUUAAUUAAACGUAUUAAGUAAUCAAUAAGCAAGAAAACAAAAAUGAAAGACAAUUAAAAAAAAAAAAGUGUAGUGAUAAUUGAACUGUGCAUCUCUCUGUACAAAAGAAGAUGUUGGAGGAAUAAUGUCUAAAUAUCGGACUAGAUCAAGGGUUAAUUCUAAUUGGGUAUAGCUGCUAUCAGGCUAAUCCAAUUUAAUCACUAGUAAUCAGACUAAACAAUGUAACCAAGGUGUGAAACUUUCUAUCUAUUGGAGUAUAACACAGUAUCUAAAUAGAAAUACAACUUUUAGUAGAAUUAUAACAAUAGCUCACAAAGAAAAUAUUAUCAACACCUAUUUUUCUAAAGUAAAUUAGAUCUAGUGGGGGAAUAGAUUAAAUAAAGGCUGAAUAGGGAAUCAAGGGAGAUUGUUCUGUCUGAAUCUCCUAUGUAUAAAAGUCUCAAUCUCUCACUCAAUAGGUAUGGUUGCCAUAAGGCCAACAAUAUUUAGCCACUAGUGAAGAUUCAAACUGUGGACUGAAAAAAAAUAUGUACUUAUUAAAGUACGUAUAAAAUGGAGUAUAACACCGUAUCUGCAUAGAGAUGAACUUUCAAUAGAAUUGUAACAGUAGCUGCUCACAAAGAAAUACUAUCAACCCCUGUUUCUCUAAAGUAAAUGAGAUCUAGUUGCAGGAUAGGUAAGGAAUGCUGAUCUUAACCCCUUCACACUGUUCUAUGCCGUCCCGCUUUAAUUGGGCUUUAAAGCCGUUGCGGCGGCAUAGAACGCCGUAACGGCUUUGAACCCUGGAGCACCCGGGAUACUUACCUACCCGGCGCUCCGCUUCGGGAGGACUGCCUCACAGCCAAGGCAGUCCUCCCACGGCAAAUGAGGCCCCAGGGGGCCAUGUGAUCGCUCUCAAAGAGCGAUCACAUGGCCCCCUAUAGCUGGGUGUGGAUCUGCCAGCAGGGGGACUGUCUAAAAUGUCAGACAGUCCCCCUGCUGGUGGGAAAGUAAAAAAAAAAAAAAAAAUUAGACCUGUUCUAAAAUAAAUAUAUUUAUAAACAUAUAAUAUGUAUAUCUAUAUUAUAUUAUAUGUGUGUGUGUGUGUGUGUAUAUGUAACGUCAUACAUAGUGUAUUUUAAUAUUAAUAUAAGUACAUAUAUUCGUAUUAAAAUACACUUAGAAUGACGUUACAUAUAUAUAUAAUAGAUAUUACAAUAAUAAAAUAAUAAAAUUAAUAAAUUAUUGAAAUAAAAUUUAAUAUAAAUUAUAUAUUCAUAUGUAAUUUCAUUCUAACUGUAUUUUGUUAAUAUAUAUGUAACAAAAUACACUUAGAAUGACAUUCUAUAUCUAUCUAUAUAUAAAAUACAAAUAUAUAUAUUUAAUAUAGAGAGAGAUAAAUACAUAUAAUUACAUACAUAAAAGAUUACAUUAGUAUACAUGUAGAAUUUAAAUACCUAUAAAUGCAUAUAUAUUAAAACUCUACGUGUAUAUUUAAGUAAUCUUUUAACAUAAUUAUGUGAUUUGAUUAAUUAAAAUUUGAUUGACAUGCCUGACAACACAGGGAGAAAGUGCAGAGAAUUUAACUUGCAAGCACUAUAUUUGACCCUGUAACUCUCAAAGACCCCACAAAAACCUGUACAUAGGGGGUACUGUUUUACUCGGGAGACUUCGCUGGACUCAAAUAUUAGUGUUUCAAACUGGUAAAUUGUAUUACAACAUGAUAUUUUAAGUAAAAGUUAUUUUUAUUUUUUUUGUACAAAUGAACGGUACAUUUAUGGACUAUAUUAUUGUUGUAAUAUGUUUUACUGUUUUAAAACACUAAUAUUUGUGUUUAGUGAAGUGUCCCGAGAAUAACAGUACCCCCCAUGUACAGGUUUUAUGGUGUUUUAGAAAGUUAGUCACAUAUAAGGCUUGCAUUUCAUUUUUUUGACAUUGAAAUUUGCCAGAUUGGUUAGGUUUCCUUUGAGAGCGUAUGGUAGCCCAGGAAUGAGAAUUACCCCCAUGAUGGCAUACCAUUUGCAAAAGUAGACAACCCAAGGUAUUGCAAGUGGGGUAUGUCCAGUCUUUCUUAGUAGCCACUUAGUCACAAACACUGGCCAAAUAUUAGUUUUUUGCUUUUUUUCCACACAAAAACAAAUAUGAAUGCUAACUUUGGACAGUGUUUCUGACUAAGUGGCUACUAAAAAAGACUAAACAUACCCCACUUUCAAUACCUCGGGUUGUCUACUUUUUCAAAUGGUAUGCUAUUAUGGGGGUGAUUCUCCUUCCUGGGCUACCACACAGUCUCAAAGGUAACAUUACUAAUCUGGCAAAUUUUUUUGCAGUAAAACCUAACCGUAUUAUGAGAUUCAUAAAAUGUCAGACGGAAAUACAAAUUUAAAAAAAAAAAUCUUAUUUUCUCACAUUUUUAAAAUUUUAUUCAUAAUAAAUUAUGUUUCAUAUAUGAAUAGUUAAUGAUAAAUGAAAGCCCUGUUUCUCCCGAACAAAAUGAUAUAUAAGUGUGAGUGCACUUAAUGUGACAGCGGUGAAUUACGGUUUAACAGACAUAUAGCGCAAAUUCCAGUUUUUUUUUACGUUUUGUUUUGAUCAGAACGUGCACUAUUGACUCAGUCAUGAAGGGGUUAAAUAAGUCUUCCCUUUAUUCCAUGAACAGUCAACGUUUCAGCUCCUCAAUGGAGCUUUCAUCAGGACACAAAUGACACAUAAACAGUGAAUGGCUUUAUAGGGAAUCUAAUAGAGUAAGUACUCACUUGUCCAGCUGAUGCUCUUUCAGCUGAAUGCCCGGCGUGUUCCGGUCGCGUCUGCGCAUGUGCAAGGACUUCCGGGUUAUACACGUGACAUAGCUUCCCAAGUUGUCACAUGGUACCAUAACAACUGGAACGCUCCUGGGCAGCCAGACUGAAAAAACAUUGAUGAGAGAGAAAAAAAAAAAAGAUAUUUAAGAUGUGAAAAACUAAAGUGGAUGUGCAAUAUUGAAAAAUACAUCCUCAUAUAGGUGGUAGCAAAGAGUCCCAAUACUUACACUAUAUUCAGAUAAAAAAUGGUGCCUCGUGUAGAAAAAAGUGUUGAAGUGUACUCAAAUAGAUCAAUCAUAAUACUCAAUUGAGUGAGCCAUAAAUAAGCACUUGAUAUAAAACAAAGAUAUUUUGGAUUGUGUCAUGAAAAUAUAUAAUCUCACAUAAGUGUAACAUUAUAGUCAAAGUGGCAAGUGUGUUGUAUAAUUAAUCAUAAUAAUGUGACUUCUAAAGUGACAUUGGGGCAUUCUUAACCCACACCUCUGGAUAUUCGCAUCCUCAAAAAAUUUUUAUGUAUGUUAUAUGGCUGUAGGUACGUCUCUGCAAAAUGUUUGGAGAGAUUUUAUAUAAAUAUAUAUCUCAAUACCUCACUAGUGCUUGAUAUACAAAUUAGCAGUGAAGCUGUAUUAAUCUGAAUGAACCACAUUUUCUGGUAAAUAAAAAUCUUCACAUCACCCCAAAAUAAACAUGUUUGUGAAAUAAAGUUUGGCACGUGUUUUGGUUCACACUGGCGCCUUCGUCGGGAAUGGAAAUUGUUGUUGCUGAAUGUUUUCAAAGUUCUUGGUGGUAGUUACUUUUUUAUGAAGGUAUUUUCCAUUCCUGAAAUAGGAAAAUGGCAACCUUUACUCCCCAAAAUACUCUAAUAAUGUGGCUUCUUCAAAUUUCAUAAAGUGCUAUAGAUAAAUAUGACCCCCAGUGCUUAAACAAUCCUUGAUUGUAGCCUUAACUGAAGCCUUUAAACCAAUACUGACAUCUAUCUGAAUUGUAAAAUCCAAGCCGUGGAUAUAGAAAUAGAUAUGAACUUGCAAUUUUAGCUUACAUUAUGCUGUUCAUUUUUUUUAAGUUCACUAUAAUCAAUAUUAUAGUUUUCAUAAUCCCCAUUAAUGUAAACUUCUUCUUUUUUUUCCAUACAGAGGACAGCAAUUUGCUCAACAGAUACAGCAGCAAAAUCCUGAGCUAAUCCAGCAACUGCGGAAUCAUGUGAGAAGUCGGUCAUUUAGUGGUAGUGCUGAGGAGCAUUCAUGACACAAACAGGCAUGUCCUGAAUAAGUAAUAUCUGUCUAUAUCUAGCUGUGUGUGUUGGCAAAUCCACACAUUUUUAAAGCAGUACAGCCAUUACAGCAUGUUGUAGUGGUUCAGGAGACAGGACAGCCAACACAGUAAAUUUUCAAACCAUAGGUUUUUAAGAAGUUUACUGUUUAUCACUUUCCACUUCUGUGUUCAGCUUACCUUGUAAACUUUCUUGCAGCAAGGCUCUCUAUACUGUACCAAACCCCAUAUUGUGUUUAGUUACAUCUUUCAGUACAAUAAUAUCCCCAAUGACUGCCUUUUGCAACUAUCUUGUAAAGUUAGUGUCAUAUGAGAGCUGACCAUUUCAGUUUUUACAGUUAGAAUUUUAGAGAAUGAUUUGAUAGGUCUACGUCUCAUUUUGAGGUUUUAUUGCAGUUUGACUGUUGAAAUUACCACACAAAGGCCUACCAUUUGUGAAAGUAGACAUUCCAGGGUAUCUCAUAUGGUGUAUAUUGUGCCUUAGUGUGUUGACAUUUUUUGCCAGUUUGUCAGUUUGUGAUAAAAAAAACUUUUGCCUUUUUUUUUUUUUUUAUGUACAAUUUAGCUACCCAUUUCUGAAAUCUGAUCUGUACCCUUGUGAUCAAACCCCUCAAAUUAUGUUUGGCAAACUUUUCUGAACAGAGCAACAACCCCAAUGUAUGCCUUUGGCACUUAUUUGCAAAGUUACAGUGCCGUAUAAGAGACCUGACUAAAGUUUUUACAAAAAUAAUUUUCAUUGAUGAAUUUGAUGGGACUAUUCCAUAAUUUUUGGACCUUGUAGCAGUUCCACAGUGCAAAUCCCCUCAUAAUGCGUAAUAUUUGUGAAAUUAGACACCACUGAGUAUGUCGUAAGGUAUAUUUUCAGUCUUCUUAUAUAUGGCUCUUUUAGCAUUAAUUUAUUUCAAAGUUUACAGUAUUUUUGAUUUUCUAAUUUUUUUUACGUGCACAUUGCAAUUUAGCAGUUUAUUUUGUAACUUCAUAUGUGCUACUGUAAUACAAAUCACUAAAUUGUGCUCAGCUAUAUCUCCUGGGCCCAGAAUGACCGUUGCCAAGUAUUUGUGAAAAUACAGUGCUGAAUGGAUAACCUGCCCAUUGUGUUUUUUUUUUUUUUUUAUCAAUUAAAGGACCACUCUAGGCACCCAGACCACUUCAGAGAAACUGCUAUGUUUAUGUUAGGGUUAAUACAGCCUCCAAAUCCUCUAGUGGCUGUCUCAUUGACAGCCACUAGAGACGCUUGCGUGAUUCUCACUGUGAAAAUCACAGUGAGAACACGCAAGCGUCCAUAGGAAAGCAUUAUGAAUGCUUUCCUAUGAGACCAGCUGAAUGCGCGCGCAGCUCCUGCCGCGCAUGCGCAUUCAGCUGAAAGGGAGGAGAGGAGGAGAGCGCCCCACCCGGCGCUGGAAAAAAAAGGUCAAUUUUAACCCUUUCCUCUCCCCAGAGCCGGGCGGGAGGGGGUGCCUGAGGGUAGGGGCACACACAGGCACUAUAGUGCCAGGAAAACGAGUAUGUUUUCCUGGCACUAUAGUGGUCCUUUAAGAUUGGUCUGUGAUGCAUUUUGGGGAAUUUUAGUAGCUCACAUAUUUACUCCAUAAAUGCAUACCAUUUCCAAAAGUGUUCCCCAUGGUGACUCACAUGUUUUAUUUAGAGCUUUAUUGAUUUUUAUUUCACAUAUACAUUGUAUUUUAAUCCUUUAAAAAAAAAAAAUAAAUUGUAAUAACAUUAUCUUACCUAUACACAGCAACAUCUCCUACAAUAGGUAUAUGUGUGUGUAUACUUUUGCAAAUUAACAACUUAAUUUUAAUCCCAGUGUACAAACGUUAAUCCUAAACCAAAUCCUAAUUCUAAUCCAAAUCUAACUUUAAAUCUAAUAAUAAACCUAACCUUAAUCCUAACCCUUACCCCAAGAGAUGAAGUAAAUGAAACAUGUAAAGACUGCCAAACCCCAAUUUUAAUUGUAGUUCUAACCUUAAAGGACCACUAUAGGCACCCAGACCACUUCAGCUCAAUGAAGUGGUCUGGGUGCCAUUUCCCUCUAGUUUUAACACUGCUUAUGUUUACACUGAGGGUUAAUCCAGCCUCUAGUGGCUGUCUCACUGACAUUCUCACUAUGAAAAUCAGUGAGAAGACGAUGACGUCCAUAGGAAAGCAUUGAGUAAUGCUUUCCUAUGGGCUAUUUGAAUGCGUGCGCGGCUCUUGCCGCGCAUGCGCAUUCAGAGAUGACAUCGGCAGGAGGAGGAGAGUUCCCAGCACAGAGGGAGCCCAGAGGGUUUUUAGGGUUUUAACCUUUUCAGCCCAGCAGGAGGGGGGCCAUGAGGGUGUGGGGGGGACCUAAUUACCCUAUAGUGCCAGGAAAACGAGUUUGUUUUCCUGGCACUAUAGUGGUCCUUUAAUCCUAAUCUUAAUCCUAUAAAUAGUGUUAGAAAGAUUCCUUCUGUUGAUGUCAGCAGAGGAAUUCUCUUGCUGAUUUCAGUAGAGGUGGAUUCUAUUGCUGACCUUAAUCCCAAUCCUAAAAUUAGUUCUUAACCCAUCUUGAAUAUAUACCUAGUAAUAUAUUUGAAACUAAGACUAAUAUUUAGUGGAAACUUAGUCGUAAUCCAUAAUUUAAUCCUAAUAUCAAAGGUUUGCCUCUGCUUAUAUUCGUACGGAUAUUGGCAAAGGGAAUUUGAAGCUAAAACGGAGUGGUGUGUUACUGCCAUCUACUGGAUAUGUUCGGUAUGACUGCUUUAUAUGCAUUGAAUUUAGGAUGCUCAAUGCAUUGCGUUUAGUGCUAGGCACCUGACAAAGCCAAGCACUGAUCAAAAUGCCAUUGGGGCAUGGAGGGAUACCCACCAGGUACACUUCAGAUUCUGGGGAUCUCCUAAUCACCAGAUCCAGUGAGAGAAUCAUUGUGGCUGUGCUAGUUUGUUCAACUGCAGUAUUCUCUAUUGAUUUAAAGGGCUAUAUGCAGUGUUGACUUUCAGCACUACAUACUGCUCAUCAAAGUCUGGGGCCACUAAAAAAAUGCCCUACCUGGCAGAAGGGAGCCCCAGGUAUCCAAUGAUGCAUCCCUUUUUUUUUUUUUUUGGUGUGAGGUUUAAGCCUCCUUACAUUACGUUAGUCUAUGGGGUGUUAAAUCCCUCUACAUGCAGUUUACCUGUCAGUCUGGGGCUGCUAAAAAUGUUUCCAUUAAUACCUGGGUUUCCUGGUGUGAGCAGGGAUUUAACCCUGACCACAAUGCAUUGUUGUCUAUGUUGAUUUAACUACCCAUUUAAAUCCCAGAUUGCAGCACUCCAUUUGAGAUACCUGGGGUUCCUUGGUACCAACAGGGAUUUAACCCAGGCUGGUACAUUUACUGGGCUGCUUUAAGCCAUGAACAGCACAAUGGCAAAGAUAAUCAUGUGGUCCUUAGAGGAACACUAUAGUCUCAUGAAUACAAAUGUGUUCCUGACACUAUAUAGUGUUAAACUAAAUACUUCGGUCUCUGGGUCUCCUUGGAUCACUCUGAAAAGGUGUUUAAACUCACCUUUUCUCCCACGCCAUGCCAGGCCCGUCUCUGCUGGCCCUGCCUCCAUGGCUGAAAUAAUCAGAUUUGAUGAUCUCAUUCAAUCCAAUGGAAAGCAGUGGGAUGCUAUUGCGCAUGCGUGGCAAAAUUACGCACUGCUCCAAUCAGCAUCUGCUCAUAGAACUGCAUUGAAUCAGUGUAUCUCUAUGGGGAAAGUUCAGCAUCUCCAUGCGUGGAGAUGCUGAACGCCAGUGCAGCACUAACACAUGAAGCACGUCUAGUGGUCAUCUGAGUGACUGAGACUAGAGGUGUUACCAUACAAUAAUGUAAACACUGCAUUUUCUCUGAGGGCAGCAUUUACAGUGCACAACCUGCAGGGACAGACUAUAGACACCAGAACAACUACAUUAAACUUAUUGGUUCUGGUGAAUAAAGUGUCCAUUUUAGUGGUUCAUAGGGGAAUCCAUGUUUUGACAUCCAUGAAUAUUGUAAACCAAAUCAAUCGCAAAGCUUGUGCAGCUCAUCAUUGUUAAAACCUGAACAGAUUUACAUGGAUUAAGUGAACGUUUUGCAUUCUGUUGCUGCAGUGAGUGCUCUAUAUUUUGUCAAAUUACUCUUUUCACCUAAAUAAAUAACAGGGGAACAGUUCUCAACACUUCAGUAAAUUGUAAUGAAUUGGAGCAUGGAGGGGUCUUUUACAUAAUGUGCACUAAUAAUAUGAAACCUAAUAUCACUCGUGUUUUGUUUUUUUAAAUUACAAAACUACACUUUGGUAUAAUACAUGUCACCUUUAAACAAUAGUUGAGUAAUGUUAAUCUUUCAUUUUAUCCUGCACGUAUCAUGUUUUGUCCCUGUUGCGUCAUAUUGUUGAGCUCACAGGUAGAUUCUAAAGGAAACAACAAACCAAUAUAGUAAAUGAGAAUAAAAUACACCAUAAAUUAGCAGGUUUUCAUUCUAUCCCAUGCAGAGACCAAGUUCUCUAUUAACCCAAUCCUCCUUUGAUGACCUCAAUCCCCCUCACUGCAGGGGGAGGAAUGUGUGAGGACAGGCUGAGGGGAGGAUUUAGGUGGUACAGUUGGAACUAUGCCGCUAUUGGUUGUCUGUCAUCAGCAUGCUUUCUCAGCCAAACACUGCGCAUACAGACUCCGAACACCAAGACCAUUUAAAAUCACUGAAGUGGUCAUGGUGCUUGGAAACCCCCUUUACUCAAGAGAAGGGGGGGCCAAAAGGUAGAUCCCCAGAUGUUGCAGAACUACAACUCCCAUGAUGCUUUGUAUGACUUUAGAAUGACAAAGCAUCAUGGAAGCUGUAGUUUAAAAGAUCUGAAGAUCCACCAUUUGGACGCUUCUACCCUGAAGGGUACAUAACAUUUUGCAGCUUAAAAUCACCCUGAAGGGUACAUAACAUUUUGCAGCUUAAAAUCAGGACAUGCUCACCUUUCCUGUAGCCGUCUUGUUAAUUUUGGUGCAUGUUCACUCACCUGAUUCUUUGUUAGGACAGGUAGAACUCUCCUGCAGACACGAGAAUGAAAUGUAAUGAAAUAUUUAAUUGGAAUGAUUAUUUACCGUAUAUGCUCGAAUAUAAGUCGAGACUCCUAAUUUUAUCCCAAAAAACUGGGAAAACCUAUUGACUCAAGUAUAAGACUAGGAUGGGAAAUGCAGCCGCUACUGGUAAAUUUCUAAAUAAAAUUAGAUUCCAAAAAAUUACAUUAAUUGAAUAUUUAUUUACAGAGUGUGUGUGUGUGUGUGAUGCAGAGCCUUGGUGGGGGGUGGGCAUUUUUAUUUUUUUAAUUAUUUUAAUAUAUUAAAAUUUUUAUUUAUUUUCGUCCCCACUCCCUGCUUGAUACAUGGCCAGGGAGGGUGGCUCUCAUUCCCUGGUGGUCCAGUGGAUGGGCUGUGUAGGAGGGGGGCUGGCAGCGAGCUGUAACUUACAUUUCCUGCAGCUCCUGUCAGCUCCCUUCACCUCCGGUCAGCUCCCUUCUCCUCCACUGUAAGUCUCGCGGUCUGAGGGCCGCGCGGAGUGUUGCCACGGUAACCCUCGCGAGACUUAGUGGAGGAGAAGGGAGCUGACAGGAGCUGCAGAGAAGGUAAGUUACAGCUCGCUGCCAGCCCCCAACAAGACAGGACAACAGGCGGUCCCGAUCUGUAUUAUGCCAAUGUAAGUUGCCAUAAUACAGACACUGACUCGAGUAUAAGACGAGUGGGGGUUUUUCAGCACAAAAAAUGUGCUGAAAAACUCUACUUAUACUCGAGUAUAUAUGGUAAGUAAACCAAACUGAGUGUACAGACGCUAUACAUAAUUUUGCCUCACAUAAUUAUUUCAGCUAUGCAGUCGGGAUAAGUGGAAGUCUCCUCCAGCCAUAUCAGUAUAAACUGAGAAUGGAACGGAAUCUUAGAUUUAAUUGGAAGGAUUAUUUGAUUGAACUAAAUUGAGUGUACAGACACUAUACCUUUAUUUUUAUCCUGUAUUAUAGUAACUUAUAUAAAAUCAUAUAAUCAUGACUUAUCAUAAACUCUCUCUCUCUAUUUUUUCUAGAAGGUAAAUAAGGUACAGGUAUAAUUUUAGAAGGUACAUACCUGUUUUGCAGGUUGAAAUCACAUCAGUCAGACAUUUUGCUGAAUGUUGAUCUAAUUUCUGCCCUGCACGGGGGACAAGUCCAGUGUCCCUGCAGCCACAUCAGUAUGCACUCCAUAUGUAAUCUAUGACUACAGUGCAGCAGCAUAAAAUACUCAGCAUAGUCAUACGUACCAAAGCAAAUGCUGCAUUCCUCUUGGUCAUCGUCCCCCUGAGCUCCCUGUGGAAUAGGUUAGGGAGAGUCCUCAUUUGGAGGCUCUUGAUUAUGCACUGCUUGGGCAUUAACAGGUUGAGAAGGCUCUUGAACAGGCAUUUACUGGUGAUUGUUCUGAGCCGGCUGAUUUUCUACAUUUUUGACAUCACCAGCAUUAUAUUGUUAGGAGCAGGCAGCAGCACUUUAAUAUGAUUUAAAGGGGAUCUGUUUCUCCCUGGUUUCUGCCUAUCCUCUCCUCCUCCAUCACUUACAGAUCUGGUGCCUGCCAGUCCUCCCAUUCCUUCUUCCUGCUCUGCUGAUUACUCUUCUCCCACCUCUCCUUUCCUCUUGCCUUGCAGAUGGCAUUCGUGAUCUGAUUGUUCUUGGAUUAGCAUGUCUUCCCCGAGACCCUAAUGAAAAAAAGUAUAAUUAA